AUGCUUUCCCCAGGAGCUCUCCAGACGCUGAACAACUGCUACUCCAGGUUUGAUGGUCAGCACCUUGCAGACUCACCGCUCAACCAGAACUGGAGAGUGAGUUCAGGCGGCACAAGACAAGUUAUCACUACUGCAAAUCUCACUAGCAUGAAAUACAACACACUAAGAGUUCAUUUAAAGAUGCUGCAAAUAUCAUCAGCAUGUGCUGCCACACAGCAUUAAUAAUGCAGUUUCCUAGCCCUUAAUCUUUUAUCGCUUCCAUAAAGUGGAGGGGGCAGCUGUGGUUUCUUCCACCACCAUGAAACUCUCAAUACAGCCAAGGCUGCAAAACUGAAAAUAAUGCAAUCUCUAGAACCGUUGCUCUUAUGAAAUACCGCUGCUGCCAAGACCCUUUCUCAGUUAAUGAUCUGAAGCCACUAAACCAUUUCACAAAGCCCAGCUCAGCUCUUUGCUUUUCUGAUGCAAUCCGUUCCAAAACAAUUUUAUCUGUGACAAAGUCCAGAUUUCAGCAAUCCCCUUUUUCCACUUGCUCAUUUGGUCUCUCUGUAGGUACAAAAUAGGGUUAAUUAUCCCUUGCCUACGGCUCUGCUGAUACUGUGCACUGCUAUUGGGUAACACGGGUGUCCAUCAUGUUUAGGAAGUGACUGCAAGAAGGAAGGCUUCGCUGCAUUACAGCUUGUACACGGAAGGAAGAAAACACAGCAAGCAGGCCAGCAAGUUGCGGGUUUUGCCGGUGCAGGGGCAAGCAAGGUAAAUGAAUUAAAUACUAAACCACAUCAGACAGACUGGGCUAGUGGUUUAAGCAGGGCUGCACUGUCAAAACAAGAGGGCCUCAGAAUUCCAUCCACAAAAAGAGGCACAACUUUCCACCUUAAGAGGACGGAAUACUCUAUUUUCUGCUUCUUUAUCUACUUCCAAGAACCUUUUUUUAAAAAAAGAAGCCAGCAAGGAGAUUGAAGGGAAGCAGAAUCGUGUGUGUGAGAGGCAGCCAAAUAACAGAGGUCCUCUACGGCCUGCCCUUGGCAUAAGGAUUUUUGCUUGCUUAGCUAAUUCCUGAUUUGCAAAGGUCUCUUUUCUUAGGACGUUCCCCCUAAGAUAGUUUCCCCCUUGCUUAGUUUUGAAAGAAGAGGAACAGCUUUGGAAAACAGGAAGGAGAAAGUUUUGGAUUGCUUGAAACGAUUGCUUGAAGUGAUUUUGUGUUUGGAAGCAUCUCAGUUCUACAACUGGGAAGGGGGAGUUCCUCUAGCGUCUAACGAAUUGGCAUUGUUAGCACAGGUUGUGCUUUUUUGUGCAUGUGCUUAAAGUGCUUCACGCAGUUACCUUGGUCAUUCGCGGAGGAUACGUCAAUCAACAACUAUCAGUGGUUAUUUCGAUCCUCCAUGUUCAGAGGCAGCGUGCCCCGAAUGUCAGUUGCUAGGGGCAACAGUGGGAGACGGCUGCUGCCUUUGAGUGCUGCUUGUGAGCUCUUGAGGUACAUCCAAAUGAAUGCCACGGGAAGCAUGAUUCUGGCCUAAACAGAUGCCUAGUGUGAUCCUGCAGGGUUCUGCUUACAUGUAAAGUAAAGCAUGUGUAGCACCAUUUUAUAGGUGAUGGGGCUGAAGUUGAAAGACGCUUGGCUUGCCAAGAUAAUCCAAUGGGUGCCUUUAGAAACCCUUCCCAUCCCUCUUCCAGUGUUAGAAACUCAGAUAUAUAAGCUAGGCGCCGAACAGCGCCUUAAACCAAGGUCACAGUUGUCAAAACAGAAUGCCUGGUUGCCAUUUUUGGGCCGAAUGGCUUGAAAGUUAUAUUUUUCAAUACAGUGGUACCUCGGGUUACAGACGCUUCAGGUUACAGACUCCACUAACCCAGAAAUAGUACCUCGGGUUAAGAACUUUGCUUCAGGAUGAGAACAGAAAUCGUGUGUCAGCGUCGCUGCGGCAGCAGGAUGCCCCAUUAGCUAAAGUGGUACCUCAGGUUAAGAACAGUUUCAGGUUAAGAAGGGACCUCCAUAACGAAUUAAUUUCUUAACUGAAGGAAUCGCUGUACGACUUUUUGGUUCCUGAAAUUCAUUCUGAUUGUGCAGAUAAGAUGUAAUGGAUAGAAUUCUACAGAUGUGUUGCUAGUGUGUGAAAACAGUCAAGAUCAAAUGAUCCCCAGGCGUGCACCUCCACAUGGUGGAGAUGUCAGGCACCAUCCUGGCAUCUGGCUGAAAGUGGCCGAUAGCCAGGUGCAAAAUGUGCCUGUGCUCUUCACAACAGACUUUGGUCUCUUGUCAGGGGAAUGCUCUCAACCCAGAGGUUGCUUUCCAUUUCCCCACCAUCUUUCUUAGCGCACAGCCAAGUUUCUAGUCAAAACAGAGUGCCAGACUUAUUGGACACUCUAUUAUCUAAAGCAGAGACAGAAAACCUGUGGAUGUCCACAAACAUCAGGAAGGCAACUCUCAUCAGUCCCAGCCAGCACUGCCCAUGGUAAUAGACAACAAGAGUUGUCCCAAAACAUCUGGCAGGUCCUUAUAACUGGUCUAAAUGAAAGAUGGUGGAAUUCACAGAAAGUUCUCCCUCCCCAAACAUCUACUUCUUUCCUAACUUUUUUUUAAAAAAGAGCAUCCCCCCCCCCCCACGGCAGUCUAUCCUCCCUCUCAUACGAGAUACUCUGGCCUGUAUUCUGGACAAGCGUCACCAGGUUGUAAAAUACACAAAGCCCUACUCCACAUAUCUUAUUAUGAUUCUCAAACAGCAGCUCCAUUUUUUAGGCUGACCAUUUUUGAAACUUUGAGACUUUGAAAAGCCUGGAGAGCUGUUAUUCCAAAAAAAGGUUGAAGCCUGCUGGGUUUCUGCAAGUCCUUUAGUGGACCUAAAACAACUCUAUGCUUAAUCAUGUCUAUACAUGACAAAUAAUGGUUGCUUUUCUAGCUAGUCCCCUCUCAGAACUGUAAUGGGGAUCAUAAGCUGACCUGACCAAAAGUUACAAUGCCAGCCAUGUUUACUUUCCAUAGAGAUGCUUUCCUGUAGGAGCAAGACCCGGGGGAAGGGCUCUUUAAUCCCCUUAUCUCCCACAAGAGCAGCAACAGAUGCUUUGGUUUCAUUCUCCCGUUAUACAUGUUAAUCUAUCAGGGUGCAUAAGCGAAAGUACACAAGAGGCAAAAACUCUGGCAAAGGCUAUGCUCACACUGGAGAGUGGAGAGCCAUGAGCCUGUGUCUUGGCUUGGGAGAAAUCAGCAGAGGGGCCUGCAAGGAGUUCUCAGGUCACUAAGUGCCCAUCCAUUGUCUAACCAGUAAGGAAGCAGUAUACUGCACCAAUAUUAACCAGUGGGCAAGUUAUAUUGGCCCUCACUGUGCCAGUAUUCACUGAAUUCUUUUGAUUUGAAUCCCAUGAGAUUUUUGGAAGUCUCCCUGGUGGCCCUGUGAGAACAGAUGAUUAAGAUACACUCCCUAGUUGAAAAUUUCAACUAUGAGCUGUCAUAAGAAGGUACGACCAAUUAAAGCAGUCCACAGUAGUUCACAGAUUGCAGAGAUUAAAUGAUUUGUGGAAAGCGAAACUCCCUUUUCUUUUGCAAUAGGUUCCACUGCUGCAGAACCCAGUUCAAGCGACUUCCCUCCAUCGGUGUCUGUUGCAUGCUUCCCACAAACUACCAAAGCCUGCUGUGCAUGCCAUCAAGAUGCAUGGAGAUUAGAUUUUGCUGAAUGGACUCAUUUGAAGUUAGCUGGCCAGGAUGCAUGCAUGCUACCACUGAAAGUGUAAAGAGCACAAUGACUCAGAGGCACCUCAUAUCCAGAGUCCCUAAAAGGAGUUAAUCUGCCGACUCAUUCGGCAGGGCUGAAAUUCCUCGAACCCAAAGCCAAACUUUCCCAACCACAAGCAGAGUACUGGAGCUCAUUCUACUCCUAAAGUACAAUUACACAUUCAUCCGUGAAAAACAAAACAUUUAAACUUACUAUAAGAAAGUCCAGAAUAGAUUUCACACCAACCUACCCACAUCGCACAACUGCUCAUGCAUGUGCAACCUAUGCAGCAAGCUGUGAAUGUCACAGCCCCUCUGGCACUAAAUAAAUUCCAAUAUAACUCCCCCAGCCCUUCACAUAUUCAUCAUUCUUAGCCUUCCCAUAAGGCAGGUUGGUAUGGUUAUUCCCCUGACUACUGAAAGUGAGACUGAUGAACUGAAUUGAUUGGAGGGCUGCGGUGAGACAUGAAACCAGGAGUUUCCUUGGUUUUAAUAAUAUUAGACUCGGGGGCACUGGGUAGAUUCCACUAGUAGCAAACAACAAUAUAUAAAUUCCUGCUCACACACUCAUCAAACGUAAAGGUAUCCAGAAAUGAAACCAUGUUAAUUUGUUGCAAAAAAAGUGGCUUUGGAUUAACAAUAUACUCUCAAUUUAUGCCAGGGUUACAAUCCGCGGAAAACGAGUAAAGCCAAAAUCGUGUAUAGUCAAAACACACUGGGCGCAAUGGCAGGUGGGAUUGCCAAAGUUUCCCCCCCUGUAUAUGUGGGUAUAUGUGUGUGUGUGUGUGUAUAUGCCAAGUGCUUAAAGUGAAAUGCACUUAAAUUGCGAGUUACCUGUAAUUGCAGCACAAACGGCACCUGCAACAAAACAUUGCCAUGUGAUAUGCUCCUUCCAUCACCCCACCAAAUAUGAAACAUAGACUCUCCUGGAUGGGUCUGGGGUUUACCCCUAGUCAGCUGUCAUGCGCGCACACACCCACACCCCCCAUGCAUGAACAGUGUCUUUUUGGCUACAUAAGCUCAGCUCUAAUUUCAUAGACCAGAAUCCAGUUCAUUGUAUAAAUUAUAAGAUUACACGGUGCAUAUAUAAAAUAUAGCCACACGGGCACAUGGCUAUGAACAAACUAAGUAAUUGUAAACAGUGGGGCCAAGAGGCCAUGAAAUGCCAACAGGUGCACCACUGCUUACAAACAUGUACCUGUGGAUGUUCACAACCUGCCAAUAGAGGGGAGACAUUUCACAUGCCACUAACUGUUGCACUUUUAAGGUGUCAGAAAAUCUAAUCUAUCUAAUGCUUUACAGUAUAACAUAAGCAAAACGGUAGGUCUCUGCUCUCACAAGCUUCUACACGCGCACACAUAUAUCACGCAGGCAUAAAACUAGCUAUUUGCUUGAAAUAACCUAGGUAUUACCUCCAUGUGCCCUACAGAGACAUCUGUAAGUUGGAAGAUAAUAGGGUUUCUCCCUUUGCCCCCUUUUAUGGUGUCUGAACCACAAAAUGAUUCACAUAAGCAUGAGGGGUAGGCAGUGAAAGCGGUCACUGAGCUGGUGUGACAUUUGUGGUUUUACCUAAGAGAUCAAGAGCAUGUAACAAUCAUAUAUGCAGGCUGUCUAUGCAGUUCUACAAUGUGGUAGUUGUAGUUAAGAAGUAUUUUAUACAGAAUAUUGUAUGUAUGGUGUAGCAGUUAGUGCAGUUAGUGUGACAAGCUAGGACCAGGUGGGCAUAGGUCAGCUCCCCAUUAAGCCAGGAAGCUCCCUGAUGACCAUGGACCAUACUCUAUGCCAAAAAUAUGCAUCGGAAGGGGUGUCAAAGGUCAUCCAGUCCAAGCCCCUGCUGGUGCAGGAAAGUCACUGCUACAGCAUCCCUGAUAGGUGACCGACCACCCAGCCUCUGUGUAAAAUCUUGUAAUAGAAAGUCUGCCACAUUGCAAGCCAUCUAUUCAACUAUCAAACAACUUGUGUGGUCAAGAGGUUCAUCCACAUCCUUUGCUCUGUGAUCUGUUUGACAGCUUUCCAAUAUCUUAAGAAGGCUGUCAGACUACCUCUUCAUAAUAUCUUCUACAGGCUGAACAUUUUAUUGUGUUCUUGUUUUGUAUUUUGAUGUUGUGAACUGCCCUCUGAUCUUUGGAUGAAGGGCAGUAUACAAAUAUAAUUAUUAUUGUUUUUCUAAACUGCUUUACCCUUUCCUUACAGGACCUUGUCUCAAUACCCUCCCAAUUUUCGUCACUCUCUUUUUGACAAGCACCAGGGUUGUUGCAAAAUUUGGAGGUUCAGAACGGGGGGCGGGCAUGGCUGUGUGUAUGUUAUCCUCAGCUUCUUCAAGUGCAGUUGGGAGACAAAUGAAAUAGAACAUAUUAUUACAGUGAAUAAUAUAACAGAGAUAAAGUUUUGCCUUCUGGCUUCUUGAACUGCUCUGGUAUGCAAUAAAUACAUUUAUACAGAUACUUUACAGUAUACCAAUUUGAAAAGCAGCAACAUUUUGGGAGCAUAAAAUAGCCUUACAGGCUACACUGACUAUGUGUCCUCCUUCACAGAGGACAGUCCUCUGUAUCUGAAUCUGAAGAGUCAUGUAUUUAAAAGGCUGUCCCAUUCAAGUACAAUGUAAAGAAGAAAUCAUAAGAAGGAAAACAAAGGAAAGUAUUGAAGGUGCCCAUUAACAUUAGCAGCUGAGCAGCAGAAAGGUCACCUGGCCACAUUGUUCUUCACCACGACAAAAUGUACAGUGGUGCCUCGCAAGACGAAAUUAAUUCGUUCCGCGAGUUUUGUCGUCUUGCGAUUUUUUUCGUCUUGUGAAGCACGGUGUCGGGAAAGUUUUGGAAAAGCUUCAAAAAUCACCAAAGUCUUUAAAAACCUCAAAAAGGCUACCACACCGCUGUUCUAUGAGUUGCUCCUCGAAGUCAAGUCGCAACUGUAUUAACGGUGUUAAGAAAAAGAAAACAAACUUGCAAGACGUUUCCGUCUUGCGAAGCAAGCCCAUAGGGAAAAUCGUCUUGCGAAGCAGCUCAAAAAACGAAAAACCCUUUCGUCUAGCGAGUUUUUCGUCUUGCGAGGCAUUCGUCUUGCGGGGCACCACUGUAUUUCCAUUGAAAUUAUAGUCAUUUUUUCAAUUUCAAGAGGCUUUUAAGAGCUGCUAAUGUAAGCAUUCACUAACUUAGAGCAGUUCAAUUUUACAAUUUAUUUGUAUUGGUUGCUGCUGUUUAAGUUUGUUGGUUGAAUUUGCUGUAUUAGCCCCAUAAAAGGUAAAGGGUAAAGGGACCCCUGACAAUUAAGUCCAGUCGUGAACGACUCUGGGGCUGCGGUGCUCAUCUCGCUUUAAAGGCCGAGGUAGCUGGCAUUUGUCCACUUCCGCAGACAGUUUUUUUGGGUCAUGUGGCCAGCAUGACUAAGCUGCUUCUAGAGAAACCAGAGCAGUGCACGGAAACGCCGUUUACCUUCCCACCAGAGUGGUACCUGUUUAUCUACUUGCACUUUGAUGUGCUUUCGAACUGCUAGGUUGGCAGGAGCUGGGACUGAACAACGGGAGCUCACCACGUCAUGGGGAUUCAAACCACCGACCUUUCGAUCAGCAAGCCCAAGAGGCACAGUGGUUUAACCCAGAGCGCCACCCGCAUCCCAAUUAGCCUCGUAGAAUCAUGUAAUUGUAGAGUUGGAAAGGACCACAAGGAUCAUCUAGUCCAACCCCUCCUGCAAGGAAGGAAUCUUUUGCCCAAAAAGGGUCUCAAAGCCACAACCCUGAUAUUAAGAGUCUCAUGCUCUACUGACUAAGCUAUCCCAACUUCAGUAUGUGUGCUUUGUUUAUUCAUUAUUAUGAAUAAACUGUUUAGUUUGUUACUAACCUGCUAGCCACCUGUGAACAUAAACCUAUGUUGAAGGGGCAGGAUAAAAACGCUAAAAAUGGGGAGCCCCAUUCGCAUCUAGAAGCAAACAUAACUAGUGAUGGCAUGUCUGCGCACGCACGCGUGCGUCGCUUUUUGCUGCUUUUGCGCAUGCGCGUGACAUCAUUUUGAGCGUCAUUUAACAGGCUCUGUUACUUCCGGGUUGCCACAGAGCACAACUCGAACGCGCUCAACUGGAAGCGUAUUCAACCCGAGGUAUGACUGUAUGAUUCUAAGGAGGAGGGGUGAGCACCCCGUGAUGGUUAGUUGCAAACAAGCAAGUGGGGUGAGGAUGAGGCGGGCUGAAGCUGACAGGCAGCGCCCCCCUCACACUAAUGGACCAGCUUCCCCUCCCAAAAUAAUAAUAAUAAAAAAUUAUUAUUUAUACCACGCCCAUCUGGCUGUGUUUCCCCAGCCACUCUGGGCGGCUUCCAACAGAAUAUUAAAAUACAAUAACCUAUUAAACAUUAAAGCUUCCCUAAACAGGGCUGCCUUCAGGUGUCCUCUAAAAGUCAAACAAGCUCUGAUCCACACAGGGGCAGGGAAGAGGGGAGAGAGAACUUCAUACCUACAUAGAUAGAUAUGGCGUGGCAGACUUUAUUUUGUCACCACGUGCUUGGCUCCAGCAAUGACUCAGCAAAUUCCUCCCUUUAGCCUUUUCCCUCUCUCUCUGACCCCUCCCAUCUAGGCUCCUCCCCCUCCUUUCCACAGGGCGGCGCAUGCGCGAGCCGGCCCAGCGCGCGGCCCAAUCCCGGACCUCCCUCCGUCCCCUCAGCGGUCCAACCGAAUUCGCCUCUGUUUUUCUUCCCCUCACGAAACAACAAAGCCGCGCCGCCGCCACUCCAGUCAGUCAGUCAGUCGCUCGUUUGCCUUACCUUGGACUAGGCGGGCGGGAGCGCGGGGAGGGCGGGAGCGCGCGCGCGCACCCGCGGCUACUCUUCACCCCCCCCCCUCUACCCGCCGGACAGAGAAGCGUGAGGCGAAAACUGGCGAAGGGGCCUCGCAACGGCCGGCCGGGCUCGCGCCUCGCCUCCCCUCAGCGCAGCGGCCUCGCUCUGGCCUCCUCUCCCUGGCGCGCGCGUGCCGCGAGUGAGUGAAAGUCAAGUUCUCCUCCCCGCCCCCAUCGGGGACGGGAGGGAGGGAGGGAGGGGAGGCCGGGAGGGAGAACAGCGGCAGCAACAAGCGCGCGCCGAAGCUCCUCCUCCCUCUCGAGCCGCCCAGCCAAUCGGGGCUCGGGCCGUUUUCCGGGGACGGGUUGUCACCCGAGCCUCGCCACGGCAGACGUCAGCGAGCCGGGGGCGGGGCAAGGGAGCCAAAACCACGCCCUCUCGCUCCUGCUUCUCUCCCUCCUCCUCCUGGCUCUUCCUUCCUCGCUCCCACCUACUUGGCGUAGCCACGCCCACUGAAGAAUGUUCAUUCAUGCGGGGGAAGGAAGCGCGGGAAAAGCGGGUGAAGAGCUGGGUGGUCUCUGUCGGCAAGGCGCAUGUGUUUCCUGAUGGUUUUGUUUCUGUUGAAGGGGAGGGGAGGAAGAGACUUAAGGGCUGGUGGUUGGGGGGCGGGGUUAGAAGCCACAUCAGAUACAAUAGUACCAUAGAAUUGUAGAGUUGGAAGGGAACCCAAGCUUCAACACCCCCCCCCCCCGCAAUGCAGGGGUCUCAGCUAGGACAUCCAUAACAGAUGGCCAAAAUAAUAGUAACUGCCAGGGCUAUUGUAGUGCUGCUGUCAAUUACAGUGAAAGACCUACACUAGCUCCCAGUACAUUUCCGAGCACAAUUGAAAGUGUUGGUGCUGACCUUUAAAGCGCUAAACGGCUUCAGUCCAGUAUACCUGAAGGAGCGUCUCCACCCCCAUCAAUCUGCCCAGACACUGAGGUCUAGUGCUGAGGGCCUUCGGGCAGUUCCCUCGCUGCGAGAAGCCAAGUUACAGGGAACCAGGCAGAGGGCCUUCUCGGUAGUGGCACCCGCCCUCCCACUGGAUAUCAAAGAGAAACUACCAGACUUUUAGAAGACAUCUGAAGGCAGCCCUGCUUAGGGGAUUUUUAAAUGUUUAAUAGACUAUUGUAUUUUAAUAUUCUGUUGGAAGCCGCCCAGAGUGGCUGGGGAAACCCAGCCAGAUGCGCUGGGUAUAAAUAAUAAAUUAUUAUUAUUAUUAUUAUUAUUAUUAUUAUUAUUAUUACAAAUCAGCCUGCUGUUUGCAACAUUUUUCUUUGUGUGCUCAAGUUAUGGUCAAACCGCCACCUGGAGUCCUUUGUCCAGUUCUGGGAACGAUAGUUUAAGAAGGAUAUUGACAAGCUGGAAUGUGUGCAGAGUGGGAUGACCAAGAUGAUAAAGGGCCAGAGAAUCAAGCCUUAUGAGGAACAGUUGAUGGAGUUGGGUCAAGGGGAGAUAAGAGAGCCAUCUUCAAAUAUCUAAAGGGAUGUCACCUUUUUCUGCUGCUUUGGAGGGUGGGAUCGGAACAGAAAAGUAUGGAGAUUCUGACUAAAUGCUAGGAAGAACUUUCUGACAGUAAGACUCCCUUGGAAGGUGGUGGACUCUCCUUCCCUGGAGGUUUUUAAGCAGAGCUUGGAUGGCCACCUGUCAUGGAUGCUUUAGCUGAGAUUCCCUCAUUGCAGGGGGUUGGGCUAGAUGGCCCUUGCGGUCCUUACCAGCUGUACAAUUCUGUGUAAAAUCUGCCAAGUGAGAAUAGCAAUUCAUAGAUCUAAUGAAGGGGUCUCUUAUUUGUUCUUUCACAAUAGCAGUAUAGUCUUAUACAACUCUUUUUAGACGUAAACUGAGUUCUGCCAGUCUUUUAAGGUUGCUCAGUACCCUUUUCUAUGUAGUAUAACAGACACUCCCCCACCCCCACCCCUGUUCAUUUAUGUGACGUUUGUUUCGUUUGAUUAAAUCAGAUUGGUUUGGGAUGUCGGCAUAUUUGAAUUCCUCCUCUAAGAAAGCUUUAAAAACAAUCAUUUUGGAUUUUUGCCACAGUAGGAAAGCACAAAAACACUUUCGCUUUCUAUUUCUCCACAGUGAGAUCAAAUAAAUCAAAGGGUGUGUGGGUGUGAUAAAUAGGUGCCUGAAAAACAGACAAGAGUGUGUUCAGGAACCCUGAUUGGGGGAAAGGUAGCAAGUUCUGCCCUAGAGUGAUAGUGCUGAAUUUUGCACCUUGCAAUAAUGGCUUUUCUGUGUGUCCCUGUAUGUACUUUGGGGGGUGUGUGCGUGCAAAUUCUAUGAAACUUAAAGCACAGCCAGUGCAGGUCUACUCAGAAGUAACUAAAGGCUGUGAAGUGUUUACGCUGCUUCUGUUGCAAGGAAAGGACACUUACAAAUUUAUCUGUUAGUAGGCAGGCUUUUACUUAUCAUCACCAUCAUCAGUUUUGUUGCUGUUUCCUAAAUACCAGUCAGUCACCAGGCAGUGCACACAAAAAAAUUAAAAACGUAUGUUUCAAAUAAAAACUUUUUUUAAAAAAGCAGGCAAGAAUAAUUAACAAUUGUUGCGCAACAAAAAACAACUCAGCCUCUAAAAAGCAAACAGCGUUACUGUUUGCCACAGCUAAAGAAUGCAGCCUAGGCAUAUAAGCCACAGAAUCCAGCUCAUGGUGUUCCUGGGAGCAGGCUCAAAAAAAUAUUCUGCUGAAAACAAAAACAAGAGUUUAUUCUAGGAGGUUUGCGGCAGUACCAUCCAACAGUUGCAAGGCGGAAGGCUUUAUUCCUUCCUGCUGUUACCAUUAUCAAGCACAAACACAUGGAGGUAUGGUUGGGGAGGUGGAUUUGUUUUAGCUCUCCCAAGAGGUGAGCCCAGCUGCAGUAAAUAAGGAAGCACAGGUUGACUGCAAGGUUGUUUGACAUGUGUGUAUAUGUUGCUUUUUAAAGCUGCUGCCCUCAAGACUGGUAAAACCAAGUAGGAUAUUGAGAUACUAACAUAAGGACAUAAGCAGGCCAGUGGUCCAUCUCAUUCCUGGUCAGUCACUGACAGUUUAGCUUUUAUAUGUGAGAUUAAUUUUUUUUUUGUCCUGACAUGCAGCACCUUACAUUUGUUUACAUUGCUUGGCAUUCAUGUUUUUAUCACCCAUUCACUCAGUUUGGAAAAGUCCUUUUGGAGCUUUUUCCUGAACAAUGUAGUAUCAUCAGCGAAUGUGAUCACCUCAUUUCUCAUCUGUAACUCUAGCUCUUUUAUGAACAAGUUAAAAACCACACGUGCUAAAACUGCGUCUUAGGACACUGAUUAAUUUCCUACUUUUGUUGUGUCAGUUACUAUAGCAGGAAUAGGGAACCUGUACUCCUCCAGAAAUUUUGUUGUACUACAACUCCCAUCAUCCCUGUGCAUUGACCACACCGGCUGGGGCUGAUGGCAGUUGGAGUCCGAUAAUGUUUGGAGGUUCACACGUUUCCCAUCCUUGUUUUGAAGCCUAGAAACCGUACUUGGAAUUAAAGAUCUUAAACAGCUUUAUAGGCUCAUGUUCAGUUUCCACGCUUGUGAAAGAUGCUGGCACUUAGGGAAGCUGUUUAAAAACUGGCAAGAUGUGCUCAGUUUUAUUGAUCCAGUCAACAAUUCAGCAGCUGCACUUUUGGCUGUGUGAACUUUCUGAAUAGUCUUCAAAGGUCGUCUCUUGUACAGUUCAUCGCAGUAGUCUAAUGUCAAAGUUACUGGGGUGGUGGUAGAUAACAUUCUGCACUUAUUUCUUCAGUUCCUGUGGUUGCGAAUAAGAGAAAUAUUGUCACAGUGGGUUUCGUCUUCCUUUCUCCUUCCUCAUCCAGCACGCAGAAAAUGAAGUCCUAUCAGAAGCUGACGGCAGACGUCCCCCAGAUCACAGAAUCCGGAGAGGAGGCUGCUGAUGGGAAACCGUUGUGUCAUCAGAAGUUGUCCGCUUGGUGGCUGGGUGGGGGCCUCCUGACGGUGGCCACCCUGCUUAGCGGGGUGACCGUCUGGGUUCUCGGGCAGAUCUGGUGGGGUCAGCACGGAACGCCGCCCCUGACCAAGUGCGUCUCCAUCCCGGAAAGCCUCCGCUUUGACUGUUUCCCGGAGAGAAGCACAGUCGUGACGCGGGAGCUGUGCGAGGCCCGGGGAUGCUGCUUCGUCGAUGGUGACUGGCCUUCAGGCAGCACGAAGGGGGUACCCUGGUGCUUCUACCCGCCGGACUUCCCCAGCUACACCUUGGGCAGCCUGAAUGAGACUGAGCUGGGACUGCGAGGAUUUCUGACCAGGAAGGCAAAGACCUAUUACCCCAGAGAUGUUGAGAAGCUGCAGCUCAGCGUGGAGUUUGAAACAGAUGCCCGGUUGCAUGUCAAGGCGAGUCGUUUCCUAUGAGUUAUUGUUCCCAGAGCUGUCGUUUUCCACUUUUAAUCCUACUGAGCCUUCACAAGAGAGCUGGGAAUGGGCUGCCAGCCCACGAGGGAUCACACAUUUUGCUUGCAGAAGGUCUCUGGCACCCCCGAGGGAAAAGGCUUCUCAAACUCUGGAGAGCAGUUGCCAGUCUCUGUACACUAGGGUUAAUAAUAAUAAUAAUAAUAAAUUUUUAUUUAUAUCCUGCCCUCCGCAGCCAAAGCCGGGCUCAGGGCGGCUAACAAUAAAAUAAUACAACAUUCUAAAAUCAUUUUAUUAUAAAAUUAAUUCAAAUCAAAUUGGUUGGGCAACCAGGGGCCCUCCAGAUGUUGCCAGGCUCCUGUUAUGCCUGACCAUUGACCAUGAUGGCUGGGGCUGAUGGGAGUUGGAGCCCGACAACUUCUGGAGAGCAACAAGCUCACCGUUCCUGUGCUAGAUUAAAUGAUAAAUCAUGAUAUUCAGUGAUAUUCAAGUAGUUUACGGUGCACUGAAAUGAAAACAGGCAAAGAUCUCUCACUAGCUCCAAAAACUUGAGCCAUAUGUUCGAUUCUGCAUGCUGGCUAUUCCAGGGUUGGAGAAUCAGUUGUUGGACUCCAACUCCCACCAGCCCCUUGCAGCAUGGCCAGUGGACAGGGAUUCUGGGAGUUGUAUUCUCAAAACAUCUGAGGGUGGGUGUGCACUGGCUCCCCACCCAGAUCAGCUCUGCUAUUUUCAGCUGGGCAGUCCUGGGGCGCAACGAAUCCUUCAGGGCAGGGGCCUUGGGGAAGAGGAGAAAGGGCAUACUUCAGUGGUGGAGUAUCUGCUUGGGGUGUACAAAUUCCCAGGAUCAAUCCCCAGCUUCUGCAGGUAGGGCUGAGGAAAACCCCUUCCUGAAACCCUAGUCUGUGAGGAGACAGAACUGAUGGGCCAGUGAUCUGACUUCUCACAUACCCUGAUGUUCAUGCUGGAUGUGCGUUCGGAAGGGAGAGAGGCAGUGGAAAAUGGGAGAUUUGUACAUGCAGGAAAUGCUAGUUUUGCGCAAUGAAAAAUGCUUUUGAAAGCAAACGGACCGUGCCUGCCUCAUCAGGCUGCUGGUCUUCAGUCAGACUUCAUCAGCCUGAUGCUAGUAUUAUUAUUAUUAUUAUUAUUAUUAUUAUUAUUAUUAUCACCAUCAUCAUUAUCAUUAUUAUCAUUCAUAUUCAUUAAUGGUAAUAAUAAUAACGGUAAUGAAUACUUGGUAGUUGCACGUUACCCAAAGAACUCCAGACAACUGACAACACAUCUUAAAACAAACAUAGAUACAUUAACACAAACACAUUGUGUUUACAAUCAAUGCAGUACAGCCGCAACUUAACGCCCAAUUUACUCGUGUGAUUUCAACCUUGUGUGGUUGAAAGCCGGCUGGUUGAAAUUGUGCAUAUCAGUUGUACACAAGGCGGGUGCAGAAAGAGCUUUUAAGCUCUCUGCCUUGCUGGAGGGAGUGGGGGGGGGGGGAGUUCCAAGGGGGUGGUUCAAGUAUACAUGUUUUUGUGUAUACACUCCAUCCCUGCGUUACCCCUGCACAAGAUGCGACCGUACUGUACAUUCUGUUUAUAAUUUAUUCGAUGUCAGCUGUCGGAGACUGCCUCUCCCAUCCGCCCCACUCAGCAUAGCCAUGCUGGCUGGGGCUGAUGGACAUUGUGGUACAAGGCAUUGGGAAGACCUCAGGUUGGCAGAAGCUGUCUUAAGUGGUUGCAAUUGGAGACCUCCUUUCACUCUCACAUGCGGCUUUAGGAUCCUGGCCUCAGCUUGAGCCCUUGGUACAAUUCACAGUGUCUUGCAUCUCCCAUUUACCUGGGUGUGUCUGUGUGUCCCCUUUUUGUAGAUCACGGAUGCCACAAAGUCUCGGUACGAAGUGCCCCUUGAUGUUCCUCCAGCAACCAAGAGAGCAGAGAAUCCAUUGUACACCAUUGAGUUCUCCAAGGAGCCCUUUGGGUUGAUUGUGAAGCGGAAAUCUUCGGGGACCGUGCUGUAAGAAUUCGUCUCUUCCCCUCUAAAUUUAUAUAUUUGUUAUUCACUUCUUAAAUUCAUGUCCCGCUUCCAGGCUGAUGCAGUAGUGUGUGAAACAGGCCUAAAGCAGUACCUCUCCUUGAACUUGACUUAGUAUCCCACCACAUUUUAAAGCUACUCUCUCUCUGUUCAGCCAUGAGGACUGGAAACACUUUUGGCAAAGGGAAACAUAGGUAAGCAGCCUUUUUCUCGUCACCUGUCCUUCCUAACAUCUAUUCCCCUCCCUUCUUUAGGUUGAACACAACAGUGGCUCCCUUGUUCUUUGCUGAUCAGUUUCUGCAGAUUUCUACAGUUCUUCCAUCCACAUUCAUUUAUGGACUGGGGGAACAUCGAAGCAACUUUUUGCAUAGUCUGGAGUGGAACACCCUGACCUUCUGGGCCCGAGAUGUCCCUCCUACGGUACCUUUUAUGCAAGAUUGGGGGGGUCUUAACUAUUUUCAGUCAUUCUGUAGCUUUAUUGCCCCCUCCCUGGUCAAAUGUUCUCUCUUAUUUCCUCCUGUUUCCUUACAUGUUUGAAUGGCCAAAGGUGGAUCAGAUUCUCCCAUGCUUUUUUUAAAAAAAGUUGAUUAAUAACAACUGCUGAGUCCCCAAUUCAAUUAAGGAACUUGAUUGUGUUAGAGGGGUUAACCUUACCCCCUUCAGUCUGCCUGAGCCACCAUGGUGUAGUGGUUAAGAGCGGUGGACUCGUAAUCUGGUGAACUAGGUUUGCAUCCCCACUCCUCCACAUGCAGCUGCUGGGUGACCUUGGGCCAGUCACACUUCUCUGAAGUCUCUCAGCCCCACUCACCCCACAGAGUGUUUGUUGUGGGGGAGGAAUGGAAAGGAGAAUGUUAGCCGCUUUGAGACUCCCUAGGGUAGUGAUAAAGCGGGAUAUCAAAUCAAAUUCCCUCCUCCCCCAAAGUGGCUGUUUGCCCCAUGAGCCAAUGUUCCCAUAAGGCCCCAUGUUUGUAAUCACCAACACCUGUCAGAACCAUCACUCCUCCAUAAAUGUGACCCAGGGAAAAGGCAAGAAGGUUCUGCUCCAUACAUAUAGUUAACUUGUGGAACUUGCUGCCACAGUCAAUGGCCAUCAGUUUAGAUGGCUUUGUGACCAAGCAAACCCAGGGAGGUCCAUCCAAUGAUUGCCUUCCAUCUCCUCCUUGUAGCCUUCCUAGAGGCAUCCAGUUGGCCACUGUGGGAAGCAGGAUGCUGGACUAUCAUGUUUGGCUGCCUCUCUAAACCCAAGAAGAGCCUGUUGGAUCAGGCCAAUGGCCCAUCUAGUCCAGUAUCCUGUUCUCACAGUGGCCAACCAGAUGCAUCUAUUGGGCUAUCUGCAAGCAGGACCCUGAGCCACAGCAGGAGAAUAAGAAGAAGAGUUUGGAUUUGAUAUCCCGCUUUAUCACUACCCGAAGGAGUCUUAAAGCGGCUAACAAUCUCCUUUCCCUUCCUCCCCCACAACAAACACUCUGUGAGGUGAGUGGGGCUGAGAGACUUCAGAGAAGUGUGACUAGCCCAAGGUCACCCAGCAGCUGCAUGUGGAGGAGCGGAGACGCGAACCCAGUUCACCAGAUUACGAGUCUAUCGCUCUUAACCACUACUCCACACUGGCUACAGGCACUGGGAGGGGGAUCUUGGGCUUGGGUUUUGCUUGCAGGUUUUCCACAAAGAGGCAUCUGGUCAGCCACCGUGAGAAUGGGAUGUGGGACGGGCAGGGCCAUUGGCCCCAAUCCAGCAGGGCUCUGCUUGCAUUCUUAUGAAGUGCUGGCUGAAAAUGAGUCUUGACUUCUUUUUGUUUUCAGGAGUCCUACAAUCUCUAUGGCGUCCACCCCUUUUACCUUGCCAUGGAGAGAGACGGAGCUUCCCAUGGGGUAUUCCUCAUGAACAGCAACGCAAUGGGUACGUGUCCCCUUGGCACCUUUUGGGGUGAAAUAAUUUAGAUACUUAAACCAAUCUGAACGUUCUAAGCAUUGCCCAUGUGGAUCUGCUUGAAGGCGAUGAAUAAAGAAAACCAGGGAGUUUCGGGCUCUUCACUGGAAGCAGUGAAGAGAAAAUGUUUGUAAGCUCACUUCUUUUGAAUAACUAGUCAGAGGGUGGUCAAAAGUGGGUUCGUCUUCAGGGGUUUGUAUGUAUUUUUAAAAAAUUCUGGGUGACACAUGCUUUUCAGGUAAUCAGAUGGACUUCAGAUGCGCGGGAAGCCAAUCUGAGUCAGUGCUUUCGAAGUAACAGAGGAAAAUGGAGUUUUGGAGGUGCAGCAGGGGCUUUUUACGGAGGCAAGAGCCAUCUGUUUCCUGCUGUGAGGCGGGCUCUUUAGCAACCGCUGGGCGGUUUAACCGCAUCUUGCAGCUGCUGGCUCCUUGCCUUCACAGCCAGCUGCUUCUCAAUCCUCCUUGGCUGUGUCUUGUCUCUGACCUUCUCUCCAAGGGAUUUGGCCUUUUGACUGCAUGGAGACUGCAGAGUGGCUGGUAGAAAAAGAGAGGGAGAGGCAGGUAGCCUGCAUCAGCUGAGAGGGCUACAGGCACCCUUUUGGCCAAGUACUUCCAAGACACAGAUCGUGUCGGCAAAGCCAUGAAGAGUAAGGGAGAAGAGGGAUCUUGGUGUGUCCCCGAGGGCUCUUAAGAACUAGUGAAGUGGCUCCCAAACUUUUUUGGGCCACUGCCAGCUUGGAUCCAUAAUGUCACCCCCAGUGCCUUCCUUCAUAAUAGUGGUUUGCACAACUCACUAAGGAAGAGAACAACACAAUAAAAUUCAAAACAGUAAAACACUUAAUUGCACAUUUAUUGCAAUUUAAAAAUUCAUCAGAAUUGAUGUACUUGAUCCACUGAUGCCAGCCUUUCAAAGUCUGACAGUCCUUUAUACCUCCAGCGAUUUCCAGCAUUUUAUUUUAUUUUUUUAACGGAGGGUUGAUGGAUAUCGAAAGCCAUAAAUUCAAAUAUCAGUUACACUAAAGGUUUCUGUUGGAUACCAAAUACAGAUCUUCUCUAUUCUCCCCGUUUUUGUGGAUUUCUCCAAGCUUCCUUCUGCCCAACAAUUCUGCCCAUUUGAAUUCAACAUUUAUUUUUAUUCAUUCAUUCAUUUGCUUAAAUAUUUAUGCAUCACCUUUUUGCCGAAGCCUAGCAAUACAGAAUUUUUUUUAAAUGGUUUUUUUUCCUUUUUCUUUUUAAAAGCAAUGGAAAUAAUCAAACAGGACAAAUAACAGAUGAAACGUCUCAGCACUAAUGUGUACAGCACACACUUUCGCUUGCCUCACUACUUUCCCCGGGGAAAACACACUCUUGAACAUUCGUCAAUUGGGCUUUCUGUGGAUUGAUGUUUGCUCUGAUUCAGCCCUGGUUUUCCCAGAGAAAGCAGUGGGCAGGUAGAAAACCACACAAGCAGAACCGUGGACAAACCCUAAGUCUUCCUCUCUCCUGUUUGUUGCCUAGAGGUGGUGCUUCAGCCGGCACCUGCCCUCACCUGGAGACCUGUUGGAGGCAUUCUGGAUUUCUACAUCUUCCUAGGCCCAGACCCCAACUUGGUGGUCCAGCAGUACCAGCAGGUGAUUGGUGAGUAUCUAUAGGCUCCUCCAAACGUCCCUUUGUCUAUUGUGCUUUGUGCUUUUGAUAGUAUGUAAACAGUCUGGGUGCAGGCACCCUGCUUCGGUUCCAUUCCCACAGCUUCCUGCUGAACUCCUGCAAUUUUUCACAUGACAAACGUUCCUGGUUUGCCCUGCUUUCAUUAUGCUAUAAUGCAAGAGCACCCCCUCCAGGUGGAAACAAUGCCGUAAUACUGGGGAAGCAUGGCAGAACGACUAAUAAAGUGGGGGGUGAUGUGUGGAUAGUCAGUGGCACAUGCAUACUGGAAAUAGUUACAAAAAGAAAUGAGAGAGUGUUGAGGAAGUGGUGGGCGUGGAAAGGGGAGUAGAAGACGGUGACAGUCGAUCCACCCACCCCAAAACACAGAAACAAAUCAUCUAUGACCCCAAGUGCAGUGAUUCAGAGCUCAAUUUUCCCCAACGUAUUGGAUUAUCCCUGCACUGGGUAAACGUGAAUCAUGCUGAUUGGUGUUGUUUGAGGUUCUAGCCAUGUGGACUACAACAGUGUUCAUCCAUCAUGGGCCCCCAGAAGUGGGUGGACUACAACUCCCAUCAUGCUUGCCCACCAGGCUAAGCUGGCUGUGGAAGAUGGGAGUUGUAGCCCACCCACAUCUGGGGACCCAAGAUUGAAGAAUGUCAGGAAUGCAUGCAGGAGCCAGGCCCUGUGACUGGUAAGGCUUUGCAGGACUGGGGCCUUCCUAAGUUUGUUCCGGAGAGGCAAGGCGCGGCCACACAGGUGAGGCCGCUUGGUAACUCACUGCACCUGGUGGCAAGAGCCAGGAAGGGAUAUAAGGUCAGCAUUUCCCUUCAGCUCUUGGCCACAGCAACUCGUUUCUCGCCUUGCUGUGUUUGGCUUCUUGCUUCCUGAUCCUUGGACCUCGGCUUCUUGACUCCUUGCUUUUCGACCCUCGGACCCUUGACUUUCUGACUCCCUGCUUCCUGACCCUCGGAUCCCUGGCUUCUGGACCCUCGUUCCUGCGCCCACCUCGCCAUCUUGUCUCCGAUCCCGACGUCCUCAGCCGGGACUUCAAUCGCCCGUAAACUGGACCAUGACAAAGAACACUGGACUAUGUGGAUUAAAUCGGAAUGCAAAUAACUGCAAAUACACAGUAAACUCUGACCUGGACAAGUCAAAAGGCACAGGAGGAAGAAGACCGUGGCUCUGGGGCAGCACACCUAACACUUUCCUGAUUUUUGUUUUAGGUUUCCCUACCAUGCCUCCCUUUUGGGGGUUGGGCUUCCAUCUCUGCCGCUGGGGCUAUGGAACAAGCAACGAGACCUGGGAGAUCGUCAAGGCCAUGAGGAAUUUUCAGAUCCCACAGGUAAACAUCAAGAGGGACCCUCCAGAAUGAGAAGCUUGCAGAUUUAGGUCAGGGGUGUGGCACAUGGUGUUUUCCAUGCAAAGGGUCUCGGGUUCAAAUCCUGAAUCUCCCAAGGAGGGCUUGGUUAAGACUCCUGUCUGAAAUCCUAGAGGGCCAUUGUCAGCCACUGUCAGCCAAUGGUUGUCAGUGCUUUUGAAUGCCAAUGGCUGGGAACCACAGGAGAGAAGAGGCCUCUAGGGCUUGGGCCCUGCUUGCGGGUUUCCCCACAGGCAUCCGGUUGGCCAGGAACAGGAUGCUGGACUAGGUGGGCCCCUGAGCUGCUCCAGCAGGCUUGUUUUACAUUCUUAGGACAGUACACACACCCUUCCCUUCUGCUUUAGCCUCACAAUGACCUUGUGAAGUAGGUUAGGUUGAGAGAGAGUGAAUCGCCUAAGGUCGCCCAGUGUGUUUAAUAGCUAAGGCGGCAAUCCUAAUUUAACUUAAUUUGAUAGUAAGUUAAUUUAAUAGCACUGAAUAGACUGAAUCAUUUAAUAAGACUGAAUUUAAUAGGACAUACUUCUGAGUGGAGGGACGCUGGUGGCGCUGUGGGUUAAACCACAGAGCCUAGGGACUUGCCGAUCAGAAGGUCGGUGGCUCCACAUGACCUGGAAGCUGUACGUCGGCUCCCUCGGCCAAUAAAGCGAGAUGAGCGCCGCAACCCCAGAGUCGGCCACGACUGGACCUAAUGGUCAGGGGUCCCUUGACCUUUACUUUACUUCUGAGUGGACAUGGAUAGGAUUGUGCUGUUAGUAGCUUUCUGCAGUUCUGGUCCAACACUGUUUCUUUCUUAACUGAGGUAGCACAGUUGAGUAGAGCAUGGUGCUAAUAAUGCCAGUGUCCCAGAUCCAAUCCCUGCAUUGCAGGCAGCUGCAUAUUCCUGCAUUGCAGGCAGUUGGACUAGAUGAUCCUCAGAUUCCCUUCCAGCUCUACAGUUCUAUGAUACCUAUGCUUUCUGUUUGCAGGCUGCCCAGUGGAAUGAUAUUGACUACAUGGAUGGCUAUCGAGACUUCACCAUUGACUCCCAGAAGUUUGGCACUCUCCCCCAGUUGGUGGAAGACCUUCACAAACAUGGGCAGCGCUACGUGAUGAUUCUGGUAACCUCUCUCUGCUUUUCUUACUUCUUUCUUACUCCAGUAAUAUAAAUGUGCAAUUCCAAGAUACGAUUUAAUUUUUUCAAGCAAGGUUAGUAACAUCCUGUCGCUCUGGUGUAGCUUUCAUCAAAGGCUGCUGCUAUGCUGGGACCCUUUAUUUAGAGCUUUGCAUUUCCCAAAUCCUGUGUGUUUUAUUUAUUUAGCCAUGGAGGCAAAAUGCAAUCUAGAAGCGAGAAUGGAAAAAACGGUUCCAUGUGGCAUUAAAUAUAGCAUUCUCUUCCCUUCAUCCAUGGACGAAAUCCUGUUUGCUCAGAAGUACUUUCCAGCAAAGAUCCCUGUUCUCCCUACAAAUGGCCUUUUAUUUAGUGAUGUGUGCUUUCCCCCCGUUCUAUAGAGCUUUUCCACCCGACUGACAUAGUUGCAGGGACAGUGGGGGGGGGGUGACAUUAUGGAAACGAGGCAGUGGCCUGAAAAUGUUGGGGAACCACUUCUCCAGCCCAGUAGAACAUUUGAGUUUCCUGCCUUUCUUGAAGCAGGUAGCCCAAGAUCCAUUUGGUGCAAGAGGCUGGUUUCAUUGCUGUGUGGAUCCUAGCCUGUUUUUGCUUUCCCCCCAGGACCCAGGAAUCAGCAGCACCCAACCUCCAGGCUCUUACUGGCCUUAUGAUGAAGGUUUGAAGCGUGGAAUAUUCAUCAACAGCACCCAAGGAAAACCUCUGAUAGGGAAGGUGAGAGCGAAGGAGCAGGGUGCGUUUUGCCUCUUCAGUUUACUGUUUUGAAUUUUAUUGUAUUGUUAUCUUCCUUAGUGUGUUGUACAAAGAGCUAUUCUCAGUACAGGGUAUUCUCACUGGGGAUACUUUUAUAGAACCCAAAGACUGGUGGCAACUACUGGCCUAGAUGGUAAAGAUGAAUUAAAAAAUAAAUAAAUACGGGUAAGCCUGGUGAGCUGGAUAAGGCGCUAACCUAUUGCACCCCAUGCAGAGAGUUGAUUGGGUUCAACUCUGCCUGAAUUUUAUCCAUCGGAUUUGUGUUGUUGUCCCCCACCCCCUAGGUCUGGCCUGGCCUCACCGCUUUUCCCGACUUCUCUAACCUAAACACUCACCAGUGGUGGCUGGAAAACCUGGACAGAUUCCACUCCCUCGUCCCCUUCGAUGGCCUUUGGAUUGUAAGUUCCUUCUUCAAUCUUUUCCGGUUUCUAAACAGAAAAGUUGCAACAGUUGAGUGGGCACUGAAAAGGGGAGGUGAUGAUUAUUAGAUUUGUAGUAUUAGAAUCACAGAACUGUACAGUUGGAAGUCACCCAAAGGAUCAUCUACUCUUUUUUUUCCAGUUUUUCAAAUUUUAUUUAUACUUUUCAAGUUUAUGCAUUUCACUAAUUUUAUACAUUUCACUAAUUUUACAAUCAUUUUAACAUUUUAAAACUUGCCUUCCUUCCCCCUCUUUCUGCGAUUCCUUAAAUUUAUUUUUAAUAUCCUUUGCAUAUCCAUAUUUACUUAAUUUGCUCAUUUAUUCAUCUACUUUAAGUAUAUACUCUUAUCAAACUGCAGGUUAAUACAAUAAUCCUGCCAAUGAUCUUACCUGCUUACAAUUUUUCUGCAAAUAUUCAAUAAACCAUUUCCAUUCUUUUAUUUUAAAAAGUUUGUUAUCUUGAUUUCUUAUUCUUCCGGAAAGUUUUGCCAUUUGUGCGUAUUCCAUAAGUUUUUGUAUCCAUUCUUCCUCUGCUGGGACUUCUUACUUCUUUCCAUUUUGGGGCGAGUGACAUUCUAGCCACUGUAGUAGCAUACAUGAAUAAGUUUCUAUACAUUUUAGAUGGUUCUGUCCCUAUAAGCAUUUAUGUUCCACCUCUGUUUCCCAGGAGCUCAAAGUUUGGUAUGUGAUUCCCGCCACUCCUCGUGGCAUCUCCACAACAACCCUGUGAAGUAGGUUAGGUUGAGAGACAGAGAGUGGCCCAUGGCCACGCAGUGAGCUUUAUAACUGAGUGGGGAUUUGAACCCUGGUCUCCCAAGUCGUAGUCUGUCACUCUAAUCACUCCUUGUGGGAAUUUUCAGGGUGGCAGGAAAGGAUAUAUUGUUUAUUAAUAUCCUUCCUAACUUGCGCUAGCAAGUUCCUUUACUUAGCAGAGUUACAUUCCCCUUUUUACAUGCACAGCAGACAGCUGGUUGCAGGCUCGUGUGAGCCUCUCACUAUUAUACAAUUCAGUCUGUCUCAGAUUGAAUUGUACAUUCCUGGUAAGUUCCCUUGAAUCCCUCCUAGAAGAAUAAAGACACCACAAUCUUAUUCAAAGUCAAUAAAAGUUUACUCACUUCAGUUCACAGUUGGAUUCCUGAAGGUAGACUUAGUUACAUAUGGGGGAAUAAUCCCAGUUCUUCUGCUAGCUGAGAGCUAGCAGAGCAGUCCUAGCUAAAAGCUGGUCAAACGAAGAAGGAAGUCAAAAAGAGGGAAGGGUGCUGCAUAACUUGUCCUUUUGUUACCCGGGCAGGUUAGGUCACACCCACCUAUCACAUACAAACGGAAGGAUGCUCCAGCCAGAAGGAACAAGAAGUUAUGACUGGCUGGACCAAACAUCCCCUUGCAUGUCUUCUCAAGCAUUAAAAGGAAUGUUGUACUUGACUGCCUCUCAUGGAUCACAUCCCACACUCCUCUGACCCAAUGUGGGAGCUAAACAUUAAAGCCCAGUGCCAGGGGUGCUGUUAAACAGCAGACCAGGUGCAAGGCUGGGGGAAAGACCAUAGCUUAUUGGCCGAGCACCUGCCUUGCAUGUAGAAGGUCCCAGGUCCAAUCCUUUGGAGAGCCACUGCCGGUAGCACUAAGCUGGGUGAGCCAGUGGUCUGACUUGGUAUAAGGCAGCUUCCUAGAGGCAGUGUGGCUUAGUGGUUAGCAUGUCAGACUAGAACCUGGGAGACAGGGGUUCGACUCCCCAGUUGGCCAUGAAACUCACAAGGUGACCUUGGGGGCCAGUUGCUGCCUCUUGGCCUAACCUACCUCGCAAGGUUGUUAUGUGGAUUAAGCAAGGAAGGGGGAAAGAACCGUGUGUGCCACAUUGAGCUCCUUGGAGAAAUAAGUGGGAUGGAAACACAAUAAAUACCUGAAUAAAUGCGCCCCUAAGUCGAUCCUGGCAAAUGUAGUUUCUCCCAAGAGGCGUUUCAAUAGUUUAGUUCCCCCGUGGGCUUCUUGGAUGUGGCAGCAGAGGGAGGUGAUAAGAGACCUGUUUCUCUUCCCUGCUCCUGAUUUUCCCCAAAUUAAGAGCGUCUGCUGCCACAGCCAGCCAUGUGGGGCAGGAAAAGGGGGUUUGGAGGGCUGGUGAGUGGGUGGGAAGGAAGGAAAGGGGGGAGAAAGAGCAGGGGGCAGGCAAGGAGGCUUAUGGGGAGAUGAGGGAGGGAGGCUUGCAGGUCAGAGCUGCUGCUGGUGGCCUCCAGUCCAAAUUCAGAUUGGCUCAAAAACAAGCCAAGUUAUUUUUCACUUUUGCAGACAGGAUGGGGAGUAGCAUGGCUUAUUUCUGAGCCAACCCUAUUUGAGGAGCUGGGGGGGGGGUCACCCCUCACUGCUUCGCAACCUAUGGUCAGGCCAUAACCUUAGGGCUACAUUCACAUUGAACAAACACAGAUAUCUGUGCCUUCGAAACACGAAAAAAUGUUGCACUUAAAAUGCUCGUGUUGGCUUCAGGGCAAGUCCCAUGGUCUGCAACUGACCUGUGCUUGAGGAAAGUUUAAAUUUCCGUGGGUAGUGUGUGAACUGGUACAUUUUAAUUGGCCCCAAUCUCUUUGCUUUAGGACAUGAAUGAACCUUCGAACUUUGUGGAUGGCUCCACCGCAGGCUGUUCCCAGGAAGAGCUGGAUAAACCCCCAUACGUGCCUGGUAAGAGAGGAGAUGCUUUAGAUCCUGCUGUACAUGCCCAUGAUCCUACAAUAGCCUUCUUGAGUGACUGCCUCUGUGUUUAUGUGCAACAGGAAGAGAGAGAGAAAGAGAAAUGGUCUCCAUGGGUCAACCACCCCAGACAGGAGCUCGUAUCUGUUUGCCAAGCACACAUGAUUUGUUGUACUACUUCUAACCAGCCAUUCUCUUUCUCCACCAGCCGUACUGGGAAAUUCCCUUUCCGCCAAAACCAUCUGUGCCUCCUCCAGGCAGAAUGCAUCUGUGCACUACAACCUCCAUAACCUCUAUGGGCUGAUGGAAGCCAAGGCUACUGCUAGGUAAGCUCCCAUCGCCUUGGUGGAUGGGUUUGUCUGGGGCAUGAGAGCAUCAAACAAGACAUGUCCGGUUUCCAGGGCCAAAGUUAGCUGGCGUCCCUGUUGGUUUUUUGCAGUAUGGUAGCGCUGCAGAGAGCUUGCUGGGGAGACCAUGCAUUAAAAAGGGACUCAAAAAUAAUUUAAACAAGGUUUUAAUAAGAAAAACAAAAACUCCUUUUACACUAAAUACAUUAACAAACAAACAUGACCCAACCACCAACCCAUCCCCCAGGGUAAUGGGAGAGCUAGGUGCUGCUCCUUAUAUACUACACCCAAUUGUCAACACAGCUUAAUCAGUACAACUCGGCAGCACCUGCUAUGUUUCACAGCUGUAAAGCUGGGUCUCGUUAUCUUGCUCUGGCCCUUGCUUUGGCCCCUUAAAGACAUACACAUCGGGUGGAACAGUGAUGAACCUUUACAUUUAAAGAAACCAUUCAACAAUCCCUUCCCGUGCUCUCAGCUUACAAGCAAACAUCUUUGCUAGUCUCCUUUUUCUUUCCCCCCACUUUUAGCGCACUAGUCAAGAUCCGAGGGAAGCGGCCUUUUGUCAUCUCCCGCUCCUCCUUCCCCAGCCAGGGCAGGUAUUCAGGGCACUGGCUUGGUGACAACAGAAGCGAGUGGAAGGACAUGGUCUGCUCCAUCCCAGGUACGUGCAAGUGGUUUUCUUUUCCAGCUGCAGACACAGCUCUCCAGAAAGACUCACGGAGAGCCUGGCUGUUGGAUCAGGCCCAUAGCCCAUCUAGUCCAGCACCCUAUUCUUGUGGGAAUGUUGUGGAUAGUAGGAGAGGAUACAUUGAUUAAACAUUAUCCUUCCUCACGCUAGUGAGCUGGUAGUAGAGCACAUUCUCUGUAUAGGAAGCUAGUUGGUAGAUUCAUUUGAAUCUCUUGAGUUAAGCAAUCCGGUCUGGCUUGUCCAGAUUGGAUUGUUCCUGGUAAAUUCCCCUUUAUUCUCUUUUAAAAACAAUAAAGACACGACAGCCUUCUCUUUAAAAUAUUAAGAAGUUUACUUACAUUCAGUUCACAGUAUGAUCCUGGAGGCAGCCUUUGGCUUGUAGUUACAGAAGAUAGUAGUUACAGAGACAGAAGUGGAGCCUGGAGAGGAGGGGGUGUGGCAGCCAUGAGACAGAGAUGAGGCAGGCUGCUGAAAAAGCCAGUGAGUCCCACCCUCCUGCUGCAACCAGCUCCCUCCCCCCCUGUCUCCUAGAACAUGCAGAGAAAUGAAAAGAGCAGAGGAAAGAAUGUUUGCACACUAACACAGUCUCAUAUUGCUUGGGGGAAACCCUGGGGAGGAGGAGACUUAGGCAGUGGUGGGUAGGCAGGGACCUUCAGUCCUUACCACUGCCUCUUUGGGGCAAGACCUACCGGGAAGAAUUCCUGUGAUCGUUAGGCCUGCACUGUUUGUGUUUCUUUGAAUAAAGGGCUAACUUCACUAACACUGGGUGUUUUUUAUGGACCAAUCCUAGCUCCGGCUCCUUCCAGACCUGUUUAACCAUGCUCCUUCAAUUGGACCUGGAAAAAGACUGGAAGCAGUGAAGUUGUUUUAGUGUCCAUAGGCAGGUGGCUGCAUUCUGUACCAGUCGGGGGUUUCGGACUGUCUCCAAGGCCUGCCCCAUAAACAAUGCAUUGCGGUGAUCUAAUCUGAAAUUCAUCCAGGUGUUAAUGUCAGUAAUCGCCUGGCCACUACUGACUUCUUUCCCCUCUGCGUGAAUCCUCAGGGGUGCUCAGCUUCAGCCUCUUUGGGAUCCCGUUGGUUGGGGCAGACAUCUGUGGCUUCUCGGGCUCCACUUCGGAGGAGCUUUGCACUCGCUGGAUGCAGUUGGGAGCCUUCUACCCCUUUGCACGAAACCACAACACCCAGGAUGUGAAGGUGAAGCUGCUGGGGGCAGGACGGGGACUCACAUUAAGUGUUUCUCAAACUUCCGAUUAGCUAAUGCAUUCCCACCCUCACAGCCUUUGAGUUAAAACUUUUUGCUUCUCUUGUUUUCGUUAAUAAAAAUUCUUCAAAACCAGAAUUGGAGGCACACUUUGCUAACGGGCAGCACGAUUUGUUUUCGGGUAAGACAGUAAGGUCUGCCUGUCUUCCUCAGAGUGCUCCACCGCCACUCUGCAUGAGUCUCUGAUCUGAGUCUGCUUCUCCAAUUGGGAAGCCGUGAGCUCAUGCAGAGAUGCAAGAGGGAGCCUCUUUUUUUUUUUUUUGUAAAGCAAAACAUUUUAUUUUUUUUUGAAAUUCAUGCACAAGAAAGAAGAAAGAAAGAAAGAAAGAAAGAUCACUCCCCAUACAUAGUAGGGUUUCUAUUAUUACUAUUUAUAAUAAUAAUGUAUUAUUUAUAUCCCACCCAUCUGGCUGAAUUUCCCCAGCCACUCUGGGCGGCUCCCAAUCAAGUGUUAAAAACAAUACAGCAUUAAAUAUUAAAAACUUCCCUAAACAGGGCUGCCUUCAGAUGUCUUUUAAAGAGAAGAUAGCUGCUUAUUUCUCUCAGAGGGAGCCUCUUUUGAGUGCCGGUAACCAAACCACCCAGUUUGCUUUAUGCCGUUGACAUUAUUUUGCCCCUUCUUUCAAAGUGUUUGGUCGCACCUGAUGCAGAACAUGAUUUUCUGAAUUGAUCCUCAGAUACGACUCAGAGCAGGGUAAAGAAAGCUCUGAAUUCAGCUUCCCAUCAUUGUUGGGUUUGUUUUAUUUAUUUGAUGUCUUCCCUGCCCUUCACCAUAAGAUCCCAGGGCAGGUUGCAACAAUGUAAGCAUACAGUAUUUAAUUCAUUUUUUUAAAAAAAGUUCAAGUUUCUGCACAAUCUGGACCAUGUUUGUUUGUUUGUUUGUUUGUUUGUUGCAUUUAUAACCGCCCCCCCCUUUUCUCCAAGGAGUUCAAGGUGGUGCACUUGGUUCUCCCCACUCCUCAUUUAAUCCCCACAACGACUUUGUGACGUAGGUUAGGAUAAGGGCAGUGACCAGCCUCCAGGGUCACACCCAGUGAGUUUCAUGGCCGAGUGGAAAUUGGAACCCCGGUCUCCCGGGUCCUAUGCAAGGACUCUAACCCCUACGCCACACAGCUUCCUUUGCCCUGGUCUUCUGCGUGCCACUGUUUUAGCUCUGUUUUACCACUGUUGUUUUCCACCCUUCUCUUCAGGCCCAGGAUCCCUCCGCGUUCAGCCCUGCCGCACGAACUGCCAUGAAGACAGCACUAGAGGUCCGCUAUGCCCUCUUGCCGUACCUCUACUCCCUCUUCCACCGGGCUCACCUGCAAGGGGACACCGUGGCCCGGCCUCUCUUCUUCGAGUAAGGAAUUGUGCCGAUUUCCAGGGGGCUUGUAAGUGGGCAUGGUUCAGGGCUAAGAGAACGGCACAGCUCUCUCCCUUGCCUUGCCAAAGCCCUCUUUCCGGGGGGUGGGGUUAUCCACAGGAAGUUCAAGGUCCCUAACAGAAUCAGGAACCCAUUAAACCAGAGGCAGGGGCACUUUCAACCUGGGACACCCAAGCCACAUUCACGCCACAAAGUUAAAGCUCUGUGCUACUGCUUUAAAAAGCAAUGGCUCCCCCCACAAAGAGUUGUGGGAGUCGUAGUUUGCUAAGGGUGCUGUGAAUUGUUAGGAGCCCUUGUUCCCUUCUCAGAACCUCCAUUCCCAUUGUGGUUUGACACUCCAUUAGUCUUCCCAGGAAAUUGGGAAUUGCAGCUCUUGGAGGUGCCAUCAUUGCAUGUCUUUAGGCGCCAGGCAAAAACAUUCCUCUUCACCAGGGCCUAUGGCUAUUAAAUGGGGUGCGGGUGGCGCUGUGGGUUAAACCACAGAGCCUAGGACUUGCCGAUCAGAAGGUCGGCGGUUCGAAUCCCCGCGACAGGGUGAGCUCCCGUUGCUCGGUCCCUGCUCCUGCCAACCUAGCAGUUUGAAGGCACGUCAAAGUGCAAGUAGAUCAAUAGGUACCGCUCUGGCGGGAAGGUAAACGGCAUUUCCGUGCACUGCUCUGGUUCGCCAGAAGCGGCUUAGUCAUGCUGGCCACAUGACCCGGAAGCUGUACGCCGGCUCCCUCGGCCAGUAAAGUGAGAUGAGCGCUGCAACCCCAGAGUCGGGUCACGACUGCACCUAAUGGUCAGGGGUCCCUUUACCUUUACCUUAACCUUAUGGCUAUUAAAUAAUCUGUGGCCUGUGAAAAUGUGGGACAGGGGACCGUUAUUAUAAUGAUUAUUUUAUUAUUAUUGGGCUGUCUGUCAGUAUGCUUUUUAUUCAUUUUUUAGGCUGUCUGUCAGUCUGCUUUUCUUUUAAAGUUUGUAUCAUUGAUGUUCUGUCAUGUGAUUUUAACAUUGUACAUUAAGAUCUUUUGAUAAAGGACGGUAUAUAAACUGAAUGAAUAACGAUAAUGGUAAUAAGGGACUCCUAACAACUCUCAGCACCCUUAAACAAAACAUUUUAUUUAUUUGUUUAUUGUAUUUAUUACAUUUUUAUACCACCUUUAUGUUCCAAGGAUCUCAAGGUGGUUUACGUGGUUCUCCUCCUUCCUGUGAGGUAGGUUAGGCGAUGAGAUGGUGACUGGUUCCAAGGUCACCCAGGGAGCUUCAUGGAUGCGUGGGGAUUCGAACCCGGCUCUCCCAGGCCCUAGUCCAACAUUCCAACCAUUACGCUUUAUGGGAAGCCAUAGCUUUUUAAAGGGGUCUUGUGGUGCUUUUAAUGUGUGGCGUCAAUCAAUGUGUGGUGUUCUCCCUCCUAGGUUCCCGAAGGAUGUGGCCACUUACUCCAUUGACAGGCAGUUCCUCUGGGGGCGGGGCCUGCUGCUGACUCCCGUGCUGGAGCCUGGCGUGAAUUCGGUGGUCGGCUACUUUCCCCGAGGCUUGUGGUAUGACUACUACACGGUAAGAGCGUGCGGCCCGUCAGACCAGCUGCGAUGGUCUCAUAAUUUCUCUGCUUGGGUCGUCAUUGUUGCCCCAGGAAAGGAAACUGGGAAAUAUUCCUCUGCUGGAUCUCACAGCAUUAACACCCCAGAAGAUCUUGCCUCCCCUUUAUUUAUUUAUUUAUUUAUUUAUUUAUUCAAUAAAAACUAUAUACCUCUUGAUCGUAGGGGAAAUGCCUCCACACGGUUCACAAAAAAAGAUAAAACGAUAAAAUUAUCGCUAAAAAAAUUGCAACCAUAAUUUAAAACAUACAAAUAGUUAAAACCACAACAGAAUAAACUAAAGCAGGGUUUUCCCAAACUUGGGUCUCCAGGUGUUUUUGGACUACAGUUCCCAUCAUCCCUGACCACUUGUCCUGCUAGCUAAGGGUGAUGGGAGUUGUAGUCCAAAAACAGCUGGAGACCCAAGUUUGGGAAACCCUGGACUAAAGCAAUUCAAAACCUAUACAAACUUUCUAAGCAUCUGGGUAGGCUUGUCUGAAUAAGAAUGUACAUUUAGCGGGUGCUGAAAUAAAUGCAGUGAAAGCACCUGCCUGAUCUCAAUAGGCAGGGAGUUCCAAAGGGCCCCUUAGGUUUCCAGAGAAGCCCCAAAUUUAGUUUUGCGGUCCGGCACAGAGCAAGACAUGCCUCUAGCUUCCAGUAUCAGCCCAACACACACAUACACACCCCUCCUAUACAUAGUCCCUUUCAGUUUGUUCUCUUCCCUAGGAUGAUUUGGCAUCCAGCCAGGUGAGGUGGUAAAAGGCCCAGCCAUUUGUCUCUAUGACAACAGAGCAACCCCUUUGGAUGUGUUAAAUCGCAGUACUUAACUGGCCAGCCAAAACCUUUCCCUUAAGAAAGGAACUGUUACAACUUGUUCAGUAGCCUUUUCUAAGCAGGCCUGGAAGGAACCCAGGGUAUGAUCCAGACUGACUCCCCGCCCCCGCCCCCUAAUUUAGAACAAUAUAAUUACAGACACAAAGACCACCUAGCAGUUAACUCUUCUUCUUUUUUUAAGUGCAUCACUGUUCAGCUAAUCUUAAUAAAUGUGCCUACGGAUUUAUUUCUUUUUGAAAGCAGCAGGGAUGAGGCCAUCUCUUUUUCUUUUUUUUAAAAUAAUAUUUAUUAAAAGUUUCAGAAUUACAGGGGAAAAAAGAAAAAAUAGGAAACAACACUACAGUACAUAAAAAAGGGAAAAAAACAAAGCAUAAAAAACCAAUACAACAAUACAGCAAAAAAACAAAAAAAACAAAACAAAAAAAGGCACAAAUCCCAUGUUACAUAUCUUUAACUUCCAUUUGCUUGUUUCAUUGACCUCCUCACACCUCCCUUUUUGUAUUCUAGUUUAAUUAGUUAUUUCAGCAAAUUCUUUCCAUCUUUCUCAAUUUUUAUUGAAUAGUUUAUCUUAACAAUUUAACCUAUUAAUUAACUCAACAAAUCCUUUCCAUCUUUCCCCAUAUUCUGUUAUUCAAAUUGCCUUAAUUUAUUUAACCUUAUCUUACCGUAAAAUACCUUAGAGCUUGAAACUUAAUACUCAAUUAUACAUAACUCCUUAUAUCAUUUCUGCUAGAGUCAUAUAGUUUCAUUCCAACAUUUUCCCUAAUAUUCAUUAAUUUUAGGCUGAUUCCCUAAAUAAAAAAUUUUCUUUAUAAAUUUUCUUCCAAUCUUCAUCCAGCGUCUCUUCUUCCUGGUCUCGGGUCAUGUCAGUCCUUACUGUCCAUUCCAUCUAGUCCAUCAACCCGGUAAUCUUAUAUCCGAGGCUCUUAAGUCUCUUCCAUGUCCCUUCUGCAGAUCUUCUUCUUCUUGUUUAUACUUGCACUUUUCCUUGUCUUUUGUUGGUCUCUUUCUUAAUUUCUUUCCUUUCUCAUUGAGGAGUAGGUCUCUGGGAAGUUCCAGCCCAAGAUUAUCUCCAUCUCCCUUCAUCAAACCAGCCCAUUCCCCACAGUCCCACUCCCCACAGUCAUCAAUGUAAUCCAAAAAAUAUUUAAGAGCAUAUUUCACAGUCCCUCCGAAGUUAAGAACCUCCUCAGCUCCAGGCUCCCCCUGGCCCACUCCAACUUCAAUCUUCAAAGACAGCGGCUUAUGCUCCUGCAGGGCCUCGGAUCUCUCCAUUUGUAUUAUUUGAGGUGCAACCGCAACCUCCUCCAUUAUUUUCUGCACUUGCCCCAUCAAUACAGGUUCCUGAGUUGGUCCCUGAAUGGUUUCUGUAUCAAUAUUCCCUGUUUGUCCACAGUUAUUGACCACAACAGUCAUCAAAUCCGUUUUCUCAUUCAUCAGAUCCAUCUUCUCAUGCAUCUGUUCCAACAAAGCACUUGUUUUGCAUAAAGCAAGCACCAAAACUUCCUCCCAGCUCAUUUUUAUUCGAGGUCAAAAGGACUGGUCCCAUGAUCCCCAUGAUCUUAAUCUCACAGCUGUAGAGUCCUCAAGUAGACUGCAGCAACAAUUUAACAGGCUCCCUCUAGAGGAGACAAUUUCUAUUUGUAUCCAUCUUUUUAAGGCAAGUCCAACAAAGGAAAAUUACUUUCAUUUUUCAGAUAUUUUGUUUCUUUAGAAUGCAAAAGGCAACAUUGGAAUCAGUUUAUUUCUCUUCUUUAGCUAUCUGUCAAAGUAUUCCAUUCACAGUCAGUGAACCUCUCCAACAAUUUCUGUCUCUGACCCCCCGUUCCCAGGUUUGAGACGGUGGAAGCUUAUCUUUCUUCACUCCCUCUCCUGCAGGCUUAAACAAAGAUCCCCCCCUUUUCUCCUGCUUCCAAGGGGGUUUUAGUGGUUAUAAAUGAAGGAAAUUUAGACUUUUUUAACGACUUUCCGGACUUUAGCUUACAAGGUUUUUGCUUCAGUCUAUGUACAAAAAGUAGAAGGCGGACUUCCUGUUUGAACCUUCCCGCUUCGGUGCCAAAUUAGGGUAUUUCUUGAUCCAAUUUUCCGUUUCUACUCACGGGUACUUGUUUUAAAUCCAAUUGUCCACAGGAAAAAGUCAGCGCUCUCCGGCAAUGGCUGUGCGGCUUCACUCCGUGAAAGUAGCAAUCAGUUCACAGCACCGCGCUGCUCACCCCACUUCACUCCGGAACCCCGAAAUGGGGUUCCCCGUGAGUAGGGGGGGCGCUCCUGGUACCCUGCCGAACCCCACGUUCCCAGGCUUCCUCCGCCUGGGAUUUCUAGCGGGUCCCCACCUUCGCCGCGGCGGGAAGACCCAGUUUCCACGGAGCCAGUUCCUCCGGUCGGAGGAACUCCGCCAUUCGCCGAUGGCGCUAACCCGGAAGUCGAGGCUAUCUCUUUCACUCUCUCUCUGGGAAGGGAAUUCCAAAGGUGUGGAGCCACCACUGAGAGAGCCCUGUCCCUCGCUCCCACCAGCCUAACAACUCUCGCUGGUGGGCCAACAGGCCAGGUCUUGGAUGCUGAUCUCUAAAUGCAGGGCAAGGCUCAUGGAAGUGUAGCAUCUCCUCCAGAUUAGGUGGCGUCAAACCUUUUCGGGCUCUGAAGGCCAAAACCAGCAACCAAAAACAGGCGGCCGUGUGUCUCAUAGAGCCCCGACCCAGCGUGGCAUCCUCUAGAUCAGGGGUCAGCAAACUUUUUCAGCAGGGGGCCGGUCCACUGUCCCUCAGACCUUGUGGGGGGGCCAGACUAUAUAUAUAUUUUGGGGGGGGGAAUGAACAAAUUCCUAUGCCCUACAAAUAACCCAGAGAUGCAUUUUAAAUAAAAGGACACAUUUUACUCAUGUAAAAACAUGCUGAUUCCCGUCCGCGGGCCAGAUUGAGAAGGCGAUUGGUCCGGAUCCGGACCCCGGGCCUUAGUUUGCCUACCCAUGCUCCAGGUGUUUGGGGCUGCUGGAAGGUUGGCAGAGGCUGCUGUAAUCUGACUGCUUGGCAUGAACCUGACAACUCAGCCUCUUGCUGCCCCCUGCAGGGCUCUUCAGUGAACAGCAGUGGGGAGAACCUGAAGAUGGCUGCACCUCUGGACCACAUCAACGUGCAUGUGCGGGAAGGGACCAUCCUGCCAACCCAGGUGAGGCCUGAUAGUUUUCAUCCUCUUCCACCUGCCACCAUGUGACUUUUCUUUAAAAAGGGGGUGGGUAGGUAACUCUUGGACCCCCACAUAUUGCGGGACUGCAAGUCCCAUCAUCCCCUAUCCCCUGACCCUGCUGGCUGGUGCUAACGGGAGUUGAGGUCCAACGGCACCUGCGUGGUCACAUACUGCCCACCACGGUGCUAUAGGAUAACUUCCAUUGCCAAAGACAGGCUUUGUUGUGGUUUACCUUUCGAACAAGCCAACGCCAAACCACGAUUGCUGGAGCUCAUUGUUUAACCACAGCAAAGAUGAACCGCAGGCCUAGCUCUGGACGGCCCAGCAAACUGGUGCUUAACUGCUGAAUUUGCCUUCCCAGCCACAUGGGAGCAGGAGAGGGAAGCCUGGGAGGGGGCUUGGAGACCCGAGGAACUCAGUUCUGUUUGUGCAUAUUAUGCUGUUUGUGCAUAAUACGCACAGUUCCACUCUGUGCAUGUUAUGCACAGAACAAGAAAUGCCUCUAGCUUCCAGCAUCAGCCCAACACACCCCUCCUAUACAUAGUCCCUUUUGGUUUGUUCUCCAUCCUAGGAUGAUGUGGCAUCCUGCCAGGUGAGAUGGCAAAAAGGCCCAUCCAUUUGUCUCUAUAGCAACAGAGCAACCCCCUUUGGAUAUGUUAAAUCACAGUACUUGACUGGCCAGCCCAAACCUUUCCCUUAAGAAAGGAACUGUUACAACUUGUUCGGUAGCCUUUUCUAAGCAGACCUGGAAGGAACCCAGGGUAUGAUCCAGACUGACACCCAUUUAGAAGAAUAUAAUUACAGACACAAAGACCAGUUUAGUGCAAUGUGCAGUGAGAUCAAAGUGAAAGAAGGCCUUGCAUACCACUGUAUAAAUGUUGUUAUCAAAUAAGUGUUGGACAUUUGUUGCUGUGAAUUUAUGAACUGAGGCCAUAUCCACACCAUAUGUUUAAAGUGCUCUGGCGCCAUUUCAGACAGUCACAGUUUCCCCCAAAGAAUUCUGGGAGCAGUAGGUUUUUUUAAGGGUGCUGAGAGUUGUUAGGAGGCCCCUAUUCCCCUCUCAGAAAGAGGCAGCCUGCCCCGCUUGCUCGGACGAAGGCAAAUACGCAGGCAAGCAGAGCACCUCCUCAGGCUCCCUCUGCCAAGGCUGAGGCUGGGCUGUGAAGUAGGCAGGAGAUCCUUCGCCCGAGCAAGCAGGCCGCUUCCUUCCCUUCCUCCUGGUCGCUCCUGCCUCCCUCCCUCCACAUCCCAGCCCCUUUUUCAGCCUUUCUCAGUGUCACUUCAGACAUCGUGAUAUAUCACAAUGUUGAAAACCAGACAUCGCCCAGCCCUAGUCGGGGCUGCUUUCAGUGAAUCUGGAUUUCACACGCUGAUCUCUUUCCCUCUCAGAAACUCGGAGGCAGCACAUCGGUGGGCAGUGGGAACGCUCUUCACCUGAUUGCGGCCCUGUCGCAGAACGCCAAUGCCUGGGGAGACCUUUACUGGGACGACGGUGAGAGUCUGGACACGUUUGCCAAGGGCGACUAUUCUUACUUAGUGUUCAACGUCACACAGGUAAGAAGAGCCUCUUUGCCCUGCUGUGGUGUGACCAGCAAGUUACCUACAGUGGUACCUCUGGUUACAAACUUAAUUCGUUCCCUGCUCUUCGGCAAAAGGAAGGCUCCCAGAGCAGCUUGCAUGCAAUAAAUUAAAACAAAACAGUCCCUUCCCGCAGGUCUAUAAUCUAAAAAAGCAUGGCACACAAGGGGAAAGUGACAAGGAAGAUGAGGAGGGAUUAAACGUGGACCACCAGUUUUUAAACCAUUGCUCAAUAGGGGCAGGAGGCGCCUGAUGGAGCUGGGCUUUUGGCAAAGGAGACGGAAUGAGCACCGGUUCUCAUCUCUGCCCCUGAGGCAGUCUGGGGGAAGGUGAUGCUUGACGGCAGUAGUUCUCACAAAUUGUGGUGUACCACACUGAUGUGGCAGGACAGGGUGCCAAGUGUGGCAGGAAGAUUCAAGGACAAUCAAUGAAAAAUUUAAACAUUUCACUGUAGUAUCAAUUUUUAUUUUUGCAGAAUAUGGAUAGAUAUAUUUUCAAAAUGAGAGCAAGAGCAACGAGUGAUACUGCAAACAAUCCUGAUUGUGUUUUCCAAUAUAUUUCUUCUCACUAAAAAGAUGUGGCACGAGCAGUUUUUUAUUCUGAAAGUGUGGUCCAGAGAAAAAAGUUUGCAAAUGACUGCCCUAGGGUGAGGAGCUGGCCUGCCCCGGCAGAACCAGUAGAGUGAGCCCUGCUUCCCAUCUCUCUCUUCCGCUGAUGUCAACCGACCUUGAGAAGCUGCUUCAAAUCUAGCAGAUCUCUUCCUGUGGCCUCGUCAGAUGGGAAUCACUUCUACUCUUCCUUUAGCGACAGCCCUAGAGGAUCUGCACACAGACUAAUCUUUCUGAAGCAGGAUGAUAUGAAUGAAUCGAUCCCAUAUUAGCAGUGGGGAAGAGAAGAGAGGAGUUGAGUGUGUUUGCUGAAGCUGUGACCAGGGAGUUCCCGCUUUUUUCUCUUUUCCUUCCAGAACACAUUCACGUCCACCGUCCUGCAUUCAAACGCGGGAGCCACGUAUGUCACAGUGGAUGCACUGAGUGUCUAUGGGGUCCGAGAAGAGCCAAAGGCAGUCACUGUCAAUGGCAAGGAGAGGCCGUUUACCUACCUGACAAACCAGGUAACUGACAGGCAGCUUGGAUGUGCAGCAAGUGGGUGCUAGAGGCAGGGUCUUGUCUGUGUUGGCACCUAGAAUCUGGCAUGCCCUCCCAGGAGAGGCCCAUCCCUGCUUGUUUUUCACUGGGCAACUCUAUGAUUCUACUGCCUUUGUUUUCUAACUUGGUCACUGUACUGUUUUUAGCUUUAUUCUAAUUUAAACAAAAAACCCCUCCUUUUUAUUUGCAAUUCUAAUAUACUAAGAGCAAACUCAGUUCUCCAGAGAUAAAUCCUUACACAGCCAAAACAAGAACAUCCACCCUCAAGGGGGAGGUAUCAGCAGGGUUUGGGGAACUCCAAAGUUUGCAGAAGUAGAAUAUAGAGUAUUUGGGGUGGGGCGACCUGAGUGGAGAACGGGGGAAAACUGGCCCAUGAAGACUGAGCAUGUUUGUUUGUUAUUUUUACAUUUAUACUCCAACUUCCCUCCCAGAGAACUCAUACAUCGUUUUCUUCCUUAUUUGACUCUCACAACAACCCUGAGGGGCAAGUUAGGCUGAAAAUGAGUGACCCAAGGUCACUGAGGGGGCUACAUGGCCAAGUGGGGAUUUGAACCCUGCUCUCUCAGGUCUUAGUCCAACACUCUAACCGCUACACCAUGCUGGCCACAGAAUGUUGCGUGUCUGUAGGAGAGGGAAAUGACGUUGACUAGGACAUGGGCAGCAAGAAUAUUAUUGGCACAGAAAUGGAAACAAGAAGAACUACCGACAAAAGAAGAAUGGCAGACGAAAUUAAUGGACUAUGCAGAAUUAGAUAAGAUGACAGGAAGGAUUCGAAACCUGCGGCACCAAAGAUUCUCAGAGGAUUGGAAUAAAUAUUUGAACUAUUUGAAAAGCAAUUGUAAUAAACAGAUUACACUAGUAGGACUGCAAGAAGUUUUGUAAGGAGGAUUAUGUGAAAUAUUGCAGAGAAGAUUAUGAAGAGAGUUAUUAGUUAAGGACAAUUAAAAGUAAUAGGGAAAUUAAGAAAUGUAGAUUAAGUGAUAAAGAUUGAAAAAUCUUCAGAUGCAGUUGAUGGAAGUCCAAAACAUUGUAUAAGAUAAGAAAAUAUGUUAUAUGAUUGUUGGAAAUGAUAUGUAAUAUAGAUAGAUAGAUAGAUAGAUAGAUAGAUAGAAAGAAUAGGACAUGGUUGGCUGUAACCCUAAACAGAAGCACUCCAUGCUGCAACAUUUUCCUGCAGGUUUCACUUAGAAUCACAGAAUUGUAGAUUUGGAAGGGACCCCGAGGUCCAAUGCAGGAAUCUCAGCUAAAGCAUCCAUGGCAGAUGGCCAUCCAAGUUCUGCUUAAAAACCCCCAAGGAAGGAGAGUCCAGAACCUCCUGAGAGAGUCUGCUCCACCGUUGAACAGCUGUUACUCUCCGAAAGUCCUUCCUGAUGUUUAAUCGGAAUCUCCUUUCUUGUAACUUGAAGCCAACAAUUUAUUAGAUUACCACUGGCAGCUUUUUUUAAAAAAAUAAUUGCAGUAGAAAAAUGGGGGCGGGAGGGAUAACUAUUAGAAACGCAAACUUGUUCGGUAGAUUUAUUGCUUUAUUGUUUGGCGCCCAGCCACGCUUCCCUGCGAGCCUCUGCAGCUUCUGUUUACGCAGUGUGGCUUUGGAGCGGUCGUAAAGCAAUUAGCAGAAUUACACAGCGUCAGUGUGUCGAAAAGGGCAGUAAACAAGUCCCACACGUUUCUUCUGUCCUAAUAUCCCUUUAUUUGCUCAAAAGUAGCAUAUUUACAAUCAAUACCAGCCAUCAGAUUCAAGCUGCAUCUUCUCCCUCUGUUUGCAGCUACGCAACAAACUGCUUUCGCUUUUCACUCAGCUCACAGCAUUCCAAGCUGCUUUCGUCACGUCCUGGCGUACUUCCCUUGUACGCGACUCCUCUCAGGCUUGAGGCACAGAAGGUUAACCCUUCAAUACACCCAACACACCUUGCCUCGCGCCUGAAGGGAGAAUCGACCCUUGGUCGUCUCAAACCCAGACCUUCGCAAAACUCCCCAUGUCUUUGGAAGGUGAAUGGCUUCGUGAACCCAUCAGCUAGGUUCUUGGCAGAAGGACAAUACUUCAGCGCAACUAAUCCCUCCUGAACACUCUGGCACACAUUCCGAUAGCGAAUGUCUAGGUGUUUAGUUCUAGCCUUGAACUGACCUGACUCUGCCAAACGCAGGCAUGGUUGAUUGUCCUCGAAAACACGUAUCGGCAGACAAUCCACUUCGCGGAGUUCCUGCACUAAGCAAGCAUAGAACUCUACUUCUCUGCACACCUCUGAAAGAGCACUAAACUCAGCCUCAGUGGAUGAGAGCACUAUAAGACUUUGCUUCUUGGACCUCCAUCCAACUACUGAGUUCCCAAACUUCACCACUAGGCCAGACACAGACUUGCGAUCCUCAAGAUUAGCCCAAUCCGAGUCCACAAAGCAAGUCAGUUUGACUUCUCCUUGUGCUGGCAACCUAAGACAAAAGUCUUUGGUCUCCUGCAAAUACCUCAGAACUCUCUUGAUGCCAUUCCAGGCUUGCACACUAGGGUUUGAAGCUUCCCUGCUGAGCAGAUUGACAGCAAACGCUAUAUCAGGUCUACUCCACUGGGACAAGUACAACAAACUCCCUAGGGCAGACUGAAACACUUCAGUAUUUUCGAACGCAGCGCAUUCUACUUGCUGGCUGUCCUUCACAAAACUAGUCUCCAUAGGACUUCUCACUCCUGCACAAUCACUCAUCCUCAUUUUCUGAAGCAAUUGCUCAAUUUUACCUCUCUGGCUGAGCAAGAAGCUUCCAUCCUGUGCACGCUCAACACUGACACCUAGAUAGGAUUUGACAGCACCAAGCUGUUUAAGCUUGAAUCGUUUACCUAGCUCUUCGGCAAACUUCUCCACCUGUUCAUCUGUCUCUGAGAAAAACAAGUCAUCAACCCACAUCUGCAAAUACUCUUGUGUUGCCCCUGAUCCUCUCAAAUAAAAGCAACUAUCAGCAACACUUCUCCUGAAACCUAGCUCUUCAUUCAGGCACAUGUUCCAGUUUCUAGCAGAUUGACGUAAUCCAUAGAUGGAUUUGUGCAAUCUCCAUACAACAUCCUGCCUUAAAUUCUCAAACCCCGGAGGAGGAAUCAUGUACAGCUCCUCCUGGAGAUCUGAGUUAAGGUAGGCAACAUCCACAUCAAAGUGGUUUACUUUCCAGCCUCUCUGUGCUGCACAAGCUAAAAGCGUUCUCAGAGUCUCCGCUCGUGACGUUGGCGAAUACACCUCCGUGAAGUGUAUUCCCUUCCUCUGAGUAAAUCCUCAAGCAACUAACCUGGCUUUAUACUGUGGCUCUCCAGUGUUAGUGGGUUUCAAGCGGUAAACCCACCUGCAACUCACAGCCUGCUUGCCCGGUGGCAACUCUGUGAGUGAGAACACACCUAGAUCUUUCAUGGACUUCAUCUCUUUGUCCAUUGCCCUGUGCCACUUAUCUGCUUCUUCCUCAGGUAAACUCUGAAUAUCCUCGAAGGAUUCAGGUUCACAUCUUGCAGAACCUACCCAGAUGCCUGAAGCGUCGUACCGAUCAGGAGGCCUCCUUGUCCUCGCUGAUCUCCUCAGUGUGAAUCCUGGUGACCCUGUUGCUUCACUGGGUCCAGCUAAAUCAUCCUCAACUUCAAUGUCUUCCCCCUCUGACCUGCUGCGCCUCUUGGGCCUUACAGCUGGUCCAGCAGGUGAGGAAGGCUCACUCUUUGGCUCAAACUUGACACUUGCCUGAGGAGGUGUUCUAGGUUCCCCCCUCUGAGGGAUCCUGAGCUGUCCCUGCCUUGGACUCUGCCCCUGUGGUGGAUCCUGUUUACAUGCAUUGCAAUCUAAAAAUUUGUCACAAACAUUAAAUUUGCACCCUUGCUUCAGCUCUGGUGCUUUCUGGAGAUAUCUCCAAUUCAGAUGGGCGAAGCGUCGGUGCCAGAUAUGUGAACAACCAUGGUGGGGCGCUACAUUCACACAUUGGCCCUUCGCAUCUUCGGUGUCAUCCUCUCCUGUGGAAAAAAGCACAUUUACAGCAAACAAAUUAUCUUUAGACUGCACUGUGUACACGUGUUUCCCAUCCUUGGAAACUUCACACUUGGUACCUGCAAAAGAGACAUGAAAACCAUCAACGAGUAGAUCAUGCACACUUAACAAACAGUUAGUUAAACCAGGCACUGCAUAAGCUUUGACUUCAUGCUUAAGAAAAGGACAGAAGAAAAAGCCUGUCUCUGUUAGUCUUUUUCUGCUUCCAUCCGCAAUCGUCACAAAUUUCUCAGUUUUUACUGUCCUGCAAUUUCUCAAAAGACCAGGAGAUGGCACCAACGAGUUUGUGGCACCACUGUCGAUUAUUACAGUGAGAAAGUCUUGUUGUUGACAUUCCUGGGUCGCCAGGGCAACAAUCUCUUCGCUACCCCCCUCCUUGGGGCUUCUGCAGAUGUCCUCUCUGGUUGUCACGGCAACAGACUCCCCCCGGCAGGGAGACUUGCCCACGACCUUCACAGCUUCCGUAGAUGCAACUCUCUCAGUUGCCUUGGAGACUGAACUUGUCUCGGCGUUCCCACACAACUCCACAGCUCUUAUCUCUACUUGCUGCAGGUGGCCGACCUUGAAGCCUCCAGCACGGCUAGGCUUCGGCUCUUGGCGUAAACAACUCUUGGCACCUUUUGGAGAAAGAGGCGUUUCUGAGCUUUCACUGCUCACUGCCCCCCCCCCCACUGCUCACGGGGCCUCCAGGACGUUUUCCUGCACCCCCUCUGAUGGGUAAAGGGCUCCCAACACUUGGCCUCUCUCCAGGUUCCUCACACAGACACAUUGCAGCAUCCAUACAACUCCCAGGCUCAGCAAAAGCACCAGCAGCAUUGCCAGCAACAGCAACAGUCCCUUCGCCUCCCCCCCCGUGGGGGCUCCCAGCUCCUCCCAGCUGUGUAUCGGCUCUCAAGAAUGUGGCCGGCGCCAUCUUGCCUCUCCCUUUCGGAUGCAGCCACUUCUCAGCCCUUGCUUCCCACCCCAGCUCCACAAGCCUCUCAGAGUGCUAGCCAAGCGGCCUCUGGCCUUUUUGCACCCAGGACAACUGGCACCAGCUGAGCAUCCACAUUUUCUGCCAAAAAAGCAAGCACACGCUUCUCAACUUCACUUUGCUCUGCAGCCCUUUCAGCCUCUGCUUUCCCAGCUGCAUUCUGUGGGGGCUGGACUACGUCCCAAAGCUGCUCCCCCACCAGCAAAAGCUCCACUUGAAAGCUCCACUGCAGCCAAUUUUGGACAGUCAGUUUCUGACAUGGCAGUUUAGACUCAAAGCCAUAUCCAUGGGGCUGAGCCAUUGCCUCCCUUCUGUUGGCCUUUGCAAGAGCAGCCGAUAAUACUCACUCUGCAGCCAAAAACCGGGCACUCCGGACGACGUGGCUCCCAGCUCCCACUCCGUCAGCCUCCUCCGAUCUGCCCUUUGAAGUCUUGGCAGUCGAUCAAGCCGACGUUCAGUCCUUUUAGAGUCUUCCAAACCCUUUCUCACACGCUUCACGUUGACCCAUAACCUUGUUCGGUAGAUUUAUUGCUUUAUUGUUUGGCGCCCAGCCACGCUUCCCUGCGAGCCUCUGCAGCUUCUGUUUACGCAGUGUGGCUUUGGAGCAGUCGUAAAGCAAUUAGCAGAAUUACACAGCGUCAGUGUGUCGAAAAGGGCAGUAAACAAGUCCCACACGUUUCUUCUGUCCUAAUAUCCCUUUAUUUGCUCUUCACUACACCCUUCACUACACCCAACAAAACUAUUGAAGGGAAUAAAGGUAAAGGGACCCCUGACCAUUAGGUCCAGUCGUAGCCGACUCUGGAGUUGCAGCGCUCAUCUCGCUUUACUGGCCAAGGGAGCCGGCGUACAGCUUCCGGGUCAUGUGGCCAGCAUGACUAAGCUGCUUCUGGCGAACCAGAGCAGCGCACGGAAACGCCGUUUACCUUCCCGCCGGAGUGGUACCUAUUUAUCUAUUUGCACUUUGACGUGCUUUCGAACUGCUAGGUUGGCAGGAGCUGGGACAGAGCAACAGGAGCUCACCCUGUCACGGGGAUUCGAACUGCCGACCUUCUGAUCUGGAAGUUCUAGGCUCUGUGGUGUAACCCACAGCGCCACCCGCGUCAUAAUGAAGGGAAUAAAGGCCCCAGCUAAUCACUGAUCUCGCUUCCUUCGUAGGUUCUCACUGUGAGUGACCUGCAGCUCAACCUCAGCCGCGGAUUCAGCGUACACUGGAUGUGAGACUGGCAGAGUUUCCUCCGCCCCAGCCGUCUGAAUGUACUGUUGCCGGCAGGCGGGUCUGUCGCCCGUCCAGGCCCUCUGGGUGGGGGCCGCACACCCCUAGAAGGGUCUCCAUGGCCCCGAGCCUCGCGCUCUCUUCUUCGUGUCUCCUCAGGAAAAGGGACUCCCUACUGCUGCUUCGGCUUUUACUGCAUUUCUGCCAAAAAAACAAAAACCAAGCCCCAUCUCCGCUGGGCCCUCGAUGGGGCGAGGGUCUCUUGCACGCUGCUGGACGUCCCACCGAGCCAUCCCGCGCUUUGCUGCUCCCGUCGGAAAAGGGAGACGCCUCCGUCGCCUUCGCUGGGUUAGAGUGCCUAAACUGUGUAUCUGUGUGCGUGAGUUUUGUGCGUGUUUCUAAAGGUAGCCCAGGAUCUCUGUGCUGCUGCUGCUGCUGCUGCUGCUGCUGCUGCAUCCUUUAUCGCACUGUCUCUGCCGCUGCAUGAGAAGGGACGCUACGCAUGCCAAGCGUCCCAAGCCCAGUGCCUGGUGUUCCCGGUUUAAAGGAUCCAAGAUAGCAAGGCUGAGUGGGGGGAGAGAACCUCUUCUUCCUAAGAUGCCACAUGUUUGUCCAGCAUAACCCUACCCUCCAGGGUCCUGAUUUGGGGAGGGGAGGAUAUGCAAGCCAGGGUCUCUGCUGUCUUUUGCUGGGAGCAGGACCUGAAGGGCAGAAAGUGCAGCACCUCCAAGCCAGGCAAAGGUAGGAGAACAAGUUCCUGAGCCUUCAUCCUCCGUGCCAAUGAGAGGGGCAGGUGAUGUUCACCGCAGUACCCUUUUGUUUCCGCAGAGGGCGCUAAAGCUUGAGCACUCUCUUGGGGCACAUUCACACCAUGCAUUUAAAGCAUGGGUAGGCAAAUUGAGGUCUGGGGGCCGGAUGCGGCCCAAUCGCCUUCUAAAUCUGGUCCACGGAUGGUCCGGGAAUCAUUGUGCUUUUACAUGAGUAGAAUGUGCCCUUUUAUUUAAAAUGCAUCUCUGGGUUAUUUGUGGGGCGUAGGAAUUCGUUCAUUUCCCCCAAAAAAUACAGUCCAGCCCCCCACAAAGUCUGAGGGACAGUGGACCGGCUCCCUGCUGAAAAAGUUUGCUGACCCCUGAUUUAAAGCAAUAUGAUUCCGCAGCGGUGGCUUAUGCCAAAGGAUUCUGGGAGGUGUAGUUUGUUCAGGGUUCUGAGAGAGCAUUCCACAAACAGGAAUUCCCUUUGUAGAGGGAUUGAUCAUUAAACCACUCUGGGGUCCCCUCGCAACUCUUAGAAGCCUUAACAAACCACAGCUCCCAGAAUCCUUGGGGGGGAAUGGCGAUUUACAGUGGUAAAUGUGAGGUAUGAAUGUGCUCCUAAGGCUCAGCUAAGGUUCAUAAGAAGUGUCCAGCUGGAUCAGGCCAGCAUUGUCACUGUAGCCAACCAAAUGUUUGGGGUUAGCCUGUUUAGGCCUGCUGUCUGUGUGCAGGAGCCGAUCAAAACAAAAUUCCUCCAGGACCUGAGCCCAAGAGAACUCACCCGGAGUUCUGGUACGCAGCACAAGGCAGCUUGUUCUCAAACCAACAUCGAAAGCCAAAGCCCUAUUUUGCCAACAUUGCUUUAAACCCACAAAGAUCAACGGAGGGUUUUCACUUCGCCAUAACCCCGUUUGUUCGAUGGCUCACAGGUUCUGCUUGAAGGUGCCUUCCAGCGAUAACCGAACCGGGCUCCACGAGCUGCUCAAACAACAGAUGCCACUGUUGACCUAACCCACAGCCUCGCCCAAGGCUGGCCCCUUGGGGUUUUGCCGCCUUAGGUGAGGUUCGCUUCUUUCAGUGCUGCGGAGGUUGUACCUCUUGCAUCACAUCCCAACACCUGCUUGUUUCCCCAAGAGGGAAUUGGGGCUGGUUAUGAAUCCGCCUCCUGUUUGAAUGUGUCUGCAGUGAUUCAGAAUGUAUCCUUGGGGGGGGGGGGGAUGCUCAGUUGCACUAUUUUUUAUACAGAUCCCUCCUUCCCCCUACCUGCAGUUUCGUGAGCAGAGCAGGGAGCUGCCUGCUUUGCUUCUGGCCAUUUGGGAAAGGCCAGCAAUGGUGAAAAACAAAGUGAGUGGCGCAUUCGGAUUGUUUAGCUUUUACCCGUUCAUUUGGGGCUUUGCAUCUGCCAUUUCUCUGUGGCUGGCUGUACCCAGAUUGACUCUCAAUAAAACAAACCUUCAAAGAGUUCAAAGUGAUUCACUUCCGUUCAUGAAUGCUUGCUGGGCAUAUUCAAAGAGAACCAAAACAGCAAACCUGCAAAGCGUGGCGUAGCAGAAAUUCAGGACCCUGGUGCAAUGAUGCACGAUCCGCUCGCCACUUCUCGAGCAACGCAUGAGAGAGCAAACCUGUUCCUGGGCCAUACAGAAAUGCAAUGUUAAAUACAGCUUUGCCAUUCUCGUUUUAAAUGCAAACACUGGUAGCUGGGGGUUGCAGGAAAUGACAACUGGAAUUACAGCUGGUG